ACACCCUUCACUACUGCUAUAUGUCUUCACUUGCCCAUACAGGAGAACACUUCAGCAUGAUUACAUUUAAAAUGCCUCCAAGUUAUAAGUCGAGUUUGAGAGGAUCUCUACCAUUUUUGUUUCUAUUUUUCCAAAUAAUUUUUCUUUUUAUCUUUUUGUUUUUAAUUUCUACACAUUAUGCAAGUGGCACCAAAUAUAUCAAGCAAUAUCCAGGUAAGGUUUUGUAUCUCCAUUGUAUCUCAUUAUUCAAUUAAAGAAAAUAGAAUGUAUUUGAUUAACCAGUUAGCUGUCUUCUUAUUUGUUUGAAGAUAUUUGGGGUGAAAUGAUAUUAAAUGAAAUUUAUGUUAGGGUAGCCUUGUGGUUACAUUAACGUUUUCUUAUUUCCUUAAUUGUGUUGAUAGUUUAAUGAAUGUGAAUUCCUUAAACAUUAAUACUAAUAUACAGGUUGCGUAUGCUGAUUUCUUUGCUGUGAUUCCUGUCAAAUAGCUUCUUAUAGAAGAGGAAUUAUAUUAGCCCUUAAUGUCUUCAAAUAAGCUUCUGCACUUGGUGGAACACCUUGGUGGAAUGUUGUUGUUUUGAACUUGAAAUUAGGUCAAUUGAGAGGCAUUGCAGGAUAAACAACUUGACAUGGAACCUAGAAACCUGCAAGGGUGGCCUAAGACUAAGGAUCUCUUGCUGUUUUGGUUAAACAAGUCUCAUUAUGCUUUAACAGCCUAAGUAGCAGAUCUUCAACAACGGUAGAACCACCUGAUCAUAAUACAAGUGGAAGGAAUCAAAGGAUAGAAUAUUUUAUAGGAGGCAGAAAAAUACAGAAAGAAUGUCUAAUUCCUGUAUUCUAUAGCUGUAAUGUAUGUUUAACCAUAUGCCCCUAAUGGCAAUCUUUAAUUCAAGAAGUUCUCUAAAAAACAACAUUUCUUAUCAGAUAAUGCCUUCUAGAAUUAAACAUAUACUACAGUAAUCAAUAGCUUUAUGAAAAUAAUUGAUUCAGAUACACAUGAAUUUGAACCAUUUAUUUUAAAAACUAAGUUAAGUAAACAUAAUUUUUUUUUAUUAUCUUCAAAUAUAAUUCUGACAAUAACCUGAAAUUGCCAUAUGCCAAAGUUUAAGUAGCAAAAUACACUGUGGGUUUCAUUUUAGGCCUCUCAAAUUUUUGCUGCUUCUCAGGGGUGUAGAUAUAGAUCUAUCUAUAUUGGCCCGAUGGGGUACAUUAUAUAUAUAUAUAUAUAUAUAUAUAUAUAUACCCCCAUUGUACAGCGCUACGGAGUCUGAUGGCGCUAUAUAAAUAAUACAAUAAUAAUAAUUAUGUUAGUUGCAUUAACUUAAAAUAAACAUCAAUGAUACCAAUAUAUUCCGAGGGGCUAAUGACAUUUCUGUUAGGUACCACCAUAAAGCUUCAAAGAAUACGAGUUGUUGGGUGAAAACUAUAUCAUUCCACUGCAAGAUUUAGUAAAAUAGUUUAGUGUCAAUAAUAUAUAUAUAUAUAUAUAUAUAUAUAUUUAUUUAUUUAUUUAUUUAUCAACAAAAGCAUAUAUUGUUAGAGUAAUCUAAAAGAUUAACAAGUAAAAUAAUAUGUAAAGCAAGCUUGUCACUGGUUGUUUCUGAUAUUUUUGCAAAGAUACACUUCCAGGUAACAUGGUCACUGGGUAGUGGUGCUUGGAGUAGUAAAAGAAGGUGGACCUACUUAUUUCAGUGCCUCCAUCUUCCUUCUUGAACUCCUGAAUGAGCCCAGUAACAAAAUUGGGGGUGGAGGGGGAUGAGGAGCUGUAUGCCCAUAAUGUCCGGCUCUGAUAUGAUCCCCUCAUCCGGCUUGAAGGGAGCGGUACUGGUGCUCUUUGUCGGUUUCCCAGCCUGCACUUUAACAUGAUCACAAAACACCAGACCAGGAGGAUUACAGCUGGUCACCAGGAAGCCCACUGGGCCACUAGGAACCCCAUUGGAUUACCAGGGGAAUAAUAUGAAUUAUUGUCCCCUUUCCAUCACACAAGAUAAGCAGGAGGGAGGAAAAUGCUAUACAUGUCUUUAGAAAUGCAUUACUAGUCAGUGUGAGGAGCCUUCCCACAUAUUGUCACUCUACCCUUGUCACACUCACUACCCCUCACCCUAUCACAAUCACCAUCCUGCCACUGUCACUCAGCACUCAUCUCCCUGCCACAUAUCCUGUCAUACUCACCCCAGACUCUGCCACACUCAUCCCCCUAACCCUGCAAUAUUCACGACCCUGCUUACUCAUCACCCCUCUCCCUACCACAUUCCCCUCACCCUGUCACACUAAUCCCCAUAUCCCCAUCACACUCCCCUACUCGUCCACAUGUCCUGUCACACUCACUUUCCUCACACUGUAACACUCACUUAACCUGUCACAUUCACCCCCUGCGUGCACCAACUGCCGGCACUUGAAAGAAAAAAUGAAGGGAGCUAAACUAAGUCUCUGCCCCAGGUGAAAAAAUCUCUAGCUUUGCCACUGAAUGAGCCAUGCUUGUUUGAGAUCAAAACAAAGGUUUAUGGAUGAUUUUGCAAGACUGCAGCAUCAUGCAUAGAUCUUCUCAGCCAUGUGUAAGGAGUAGUGAUAGGUUUCUAUUGGGCAUCUCACAUUAAAAUGCUUUUUCCAUCAACCAUGGGAAAUCACAAAAACAAGUUGCUUCAUAUUUUUCUGUUGUUCCUAUUUUAUCAAUUUUUCAUUACAUAUACAUGUUAAUUAAAAUUAUGAAGACAAUCCACUUGGGGGAAAUAAUAAAGAACAGAACAAAUGAGUCGAAGUGGGAGAUUCUACUGCAGUCAGUAAAUAAAAUGGACCAUCCUAUUUGUAUUAGAAACAAGCACUACAAUACAGUUCCUGGGAAUAUAACAUUCUGCUCAUAAUACCAGUAUUUAGUCCAUUUAUCAUAAAAGUAGUUGUUAAAAGAUAAUGAUAUAAUAUUACACCAUUACACCAUGUCAGGUUAUAAUACAGUUACAGACAUCAGAGAACAGAAAAAUGAGGCUAUAGUGGGCGCAUGAACUGAACGACUGAAGAUGUGAAAAAUAUCAUCUGGUCUGAUGUAGAUGGUAGGGACAUACUUUUACAUAAUCUGCAUUAAUCCAUUGAUCCAUCUUGCAUUGUGCCAAUGGUAUAGACUGAUGGUAGAAUGGUUUCUUGGCACAUGGCAGACCACUUGAUAUCUAUUGAAUGUCAUGGUAUUGCUAGACUGAUGCAUCCCUUUAGUCUUCCCAUUUUAAGCUAAGUAGUUAAUACAGGAUAAUGAGUCAUGCUACAAUGUAGGCUCCACCUUAAACUGGUUUCUUGAAUAUGGCAGUAAUUUUACGUUAGUCUGCACUGCCCUCAGAUCUUAAUCCAUUGGAACACCUUUCAAAUGAGGUUGAAUAGAAUGAUAGUUAUAAGACUAAACAUGACUAUAUAAACUGCAAAUCUGCAGGAACAAACAAAAUGGACUAAAAUAUAAAAUCCCCAAGGAUCAAUUACACAUUUUGUUGAAUCCAUGCCGCCAAUAAACCAUGGUGUGCUGGAGUUACUUUGUGACUAAAUAGGCAUACCUAUCAAAGUAGAAACUGAGCAUAUAAUGAUAAUGCUAACUAAAAUAGUGCCUUACUGUACAGAUGCCCGUAGCUGAUCAGUAGCUGGUUUUGAAUGCCAAGCUAAAAAUUGUUUGACAAUAAUAACAAAGGAUUCUUGCACCAAUGCUGUGUCUCUGCACACCUGACACAACCUAUGUCUCUUCAAAGGUUGUGUUAUGUGUGCAGAGACAUGCCAUACUGCAUGGCCAAAAUUGUCCUCUAUGUCCCCUGUUUAGGUCUCUGUGGGCACUUUAAAUGAGUUUCUAAGAUGAAACUUCUGCACUGUGUUUUUUCUUUACCUGUAAACUCAUUUGAGCAGGGCCAUUUUAAACAUUUGCUGUUUGGGUCUUAUUUGCUGUGUUAACCCCCCACUGUUAAAAUAUAAUAUAAUAAGUAAAAAUAUUCUGGAACUUAACCAGAGUACAUAUCUACACUGCCCCUCCUAAAGUUAUUUUCAUUGUUAACAUGCCCAUGCUGUUUUUCAGAGAUAUGUCUGCCUUAAAAUGUAUCUGUACAUUAAAGACAAAUAAAAUUAUCUUUAAUCAGGAAAUGUUCUCAGUUACAAACAUGGGCGGAAAGGUUUUAAAGGAGCUCAAUGCAGACUCAUGGUCACUGCUGAUAAAGAAUGCUUCGUAAUCUCUAUGCUACGUUCUGUGUAAGCAGUUAGAUGUAACAUAUUCUAAUACGGUUUUACUUGGCCAUGUUUUAAAGUGGGGUUUUUAUGGAGAAGGGAUGGCGAAACAAAAGUAAUUAAGGGUUUAUUCACACAAAAAAAAAAAGAGAAAUUACAAAAGAUUUUUAAUAUUUCAAGCCAAAAUUAAAAAAAUAGCCAAUUUGGAAUUGUCUUAAAUUUGGCUAUAUUUGCCUGAAGUUUCCAAUUUCCUUUGUAAGCUCUCCACAACUCUUAGUGUAAUGCAUAAAAACCCAUAAAAGUGCUGUGCCGUUAAAUUCCCAUUAUGAAAAAUUACCCAUAAAAGAGAAUAGAGAAAAAAUACAUAUUUUCAUAAUGAUUUCACACAUCAAUACAUAUUUAUUCAUUCUCUAAAUACAUUAUUCUUAGGCAAUUUUACCUUUUAUUCAACCCUGAGACAGGACAGUUUUUUUCUUUUCAACAAUAAUAUCAGCAUUAUGAAAAUCACUGAUUCUUUAUCACUUAAAAUGGUCUAUGUGCACAUUUAUUGAUGAUUUACCUGUGUGAUAAUGCCUAUGUGUGAUAUUUAAUUACCAUAUUUUUUCCUAUUCGCAGAAUUCCAAGAUAUUAAUGUUAUGAUCAUCUUUGGAUUUGGCUUUAUGUUUGCAUUUUUGAAAAGGUUUGGAUUUAGCGGAAUUGGAUUCAACUUUCUAAUUGUAGCAUUUGGACUACAGUGGGCUGUUAUACUUGACACGUUUCUAUUUCAACAAGAAGUUCGAAUUAUCAGUUUAACCAGGUGCUUGUCUGUUACUUUUCGUUUUCAUUUUUUGUACAUAUAUAAUUGUUUGAUAACUUAUCAUUUACUAACAAAAAGUGAGCUACUGCAAAUUCUUUUUUAGUUGUGUGAAAAAUAUCUUUUCGGUGUUCAAUUUUCCAAUAUAGACAAGCUUGUUUUAAUGACCUAAUUAUGAUAUUACGAGGAACUGAAAUCCAAGUAGCAAAAUACAGGGAAAUAUAGUUUAUACCUUAGAGCUUGUUCAUGUUUUUCCUGAUUUAAAGGAACACUAUAGGGUCAGGAACACAAACAUGUAUUCCUGACACUAUAGUGCUAAACCCACCAUUUAGGUGGCUUGCCCCCUUUACCCCCCUUAAAAGCAAUUAAAACUCAGCUUAUUUCCAGGGCCGCGCAGGUCUGCCGGCGCGAGCUCCACCCCCUUGAUGACAUAAUCAGAAUUGCCGAUUUUUAGCCAAUCCAAUUAGCUGAAAUCCGCAAGGGGGCUAGGCCAAACGCCGUUUUGGCCAAUCAGCACCUCCUCAUAGAGAUGCAUUGAAUCAAUCCAUCUCUAUGAGGAAAAUUCAGCGUCCCCAUGCAGAGCGUUGAGACGCUGAACGGCAAUGCUUGGAGGUGUCCCUAGGGGCAAUGUAAACACUGCCUUUUCUCUGAAAAGGCAGUGUGUGCAUGAAAUGCCUGAAGGUAAUGAUUACACUCACCAGAACAACUACAUUAAGCUGUAGUUGUUCUGGUGACUGACUGUAGUGUCCCUUUAAACUAUGUGCAGCCAUGACUGCUAUGUUAAGCUAGGAGACAGGAUGUAAAAGUAACUAAGGAUGUGCAAGCCACACAACGUGUUUAUGGAGGAGAAAGCGUACCAUCCUUGUGUUGUCAGAGAUUGGUGGAUUGACAUAUAUCUGCAGCAUUUUGUUUUGCAAACUGCUGCACUUGUAAUACAUUUUAGAUUAAGUAAAAAAGAUGGAAAGCUCCUUACAAGAUGGCUACAUGAUAAUAGUGCUUAGAAUUUAUCUUUUAAAUUAUUAAUUAAAGGGACGCUAAGCACCAAAACCACUACAGCUUAAAGAGACACUAUAUUCACCCAGACCACUUAGUCUUAUUGAAGUGGUCUGAAUGCAGUGUCCCUUAAAACAUGUUUACAUUGCAGUACUAAGCCAGCCUCUAGUUACUGCUUACCAUACAGCCACUAGAGGCGCUUCUGAGACUUUAUUGGACACUAGGUCCCUUAACUGAUGCUGGAAUACUUUCCUAUAGGUAGGGCGUAUAGAAUAUAGUGCUCUCUGGUCCCCUCCUCCUUUUGCGUCUGUACCCGCCAAUGCAUAUAAACCCUUUAUUUACUCACCCAACUACAGCGCUGAGUAAAUAAAGGGUUUAUAUGCCUUGGCAGGGGGAUGGGGCGCAAAGGGAGGGUGGGGCCAGAGGGUACUAUAGUCUUAGAAAUACAAUUUUGUAUUCAUUACACAAUAGAAUCCCUUUAAUGCAGUGGUUCUGUGUCAAAGAGUCUGUCCCUACAGGCUAGCAGUGUAAAUACUGCCUUCUCUGAGAAGAUACAGUGUUUGCACUGCUGUCUAAUACCACCUCUAGUGGCUGUCACGCUGUCUGCGCUCUGAGAUCACUUCCUCCACACAUUGCUGUAAGUGAAUUGAAGACAGCUCCUCACCACCUGCUGCAAUCCCUGGUAGUGCCGAGCGUUCCGUUGGCACUAUCAGAUAUCUGAAGAAGUCCCUCUGGGACUCCUGGUAGGUUAGCUCCAGAUCUUCAGAUCACACCAGCUGUUUGAGUCUGUCAGCCUGCCAUAGUUUCCUGACCUCUGAAAUAGUGUAUAAAAUGGUGAAUCAUAAACAUUCUCCAACUUGGGUGGUUUAGCCUACAAGUUUAAAUUCUGUGGUUAAUUCCUAACAAUUCAACAAAUAAUGGCUGGGGUUAAGUUGUGAAUUAUGUAGAACUGUACACGUAACUGCAAAUAUAUGGCCAAAAUUGUGAAAUCUAAAACAUUUUCCAGCUCAUCAAUUUUUCCUAUUUAGUGAAUAAUCUCAUGCAUGUUUUAUAUGAGAUGUUUCUAUUUUACUCAUUUAUUUUAUUUUAGUACAUAUUAAUACCAAUGAUGAUUCUGCUUUAAAUGCAUUAGCACCUCCUUGUUCUGUAAAAUAAAUUAUGAAUACAUUUAGUACCAGACCAUUAAAGCAAUACUUUUGUAAAACUAGAUCCUAGUUCUGUUUUACUCCUUUCCUAAUAUAUGCUUCCCUCCAGGACUAUAUAUAGCACUAUUUGCCAGUUACGACUCUUCACAAGAAGGAAUAUGUCAUUAGUUACUAUCCCAGGUUACCCUCUGGUGCUUAUUCAUCAAACUAUCAUCGCAUAUAUUUUUCAUGAAAAAACUCCAUAGAUUAACUCAGGGAGAAGUUUUAUUUCUCGCUCAUGAGACUAAUAAAUUGAUGAUAAAUUCAGCAAUGUUGUAGCAUAAAAUAGAUUGAAAUAUCUUCUUUGUUGUCACUAACAGUGGUUUCUCAAUUCCAGUUUGUGCACAGGACUAAUGAGCGUUCUGCCAGUAUUAAUCUCAUUUGGGGCUGUCUUGGGAAAAAUGAAUCCAGUACAGUUGCUAAUGAUGGCUGCAGUAGAAAUACCGCUGUUUACUGCUAACAGAUACAUCAUGACAAAGUACCUCGCGGUAAGAGAGCACUAAAUGGUUCUUAUAAAAUAGUACAUUCUACUGAACAAUAUCAAUUUGUAUAAAUGUACCAAACAACCACAAGUGCCAACAAAAACUUUGUGAAUGUAGCAGUUUUGGUGUAUAGAUCAUGCCAAUGCAUUCUCACUGCUCAGUUUGCUGCCAUUUAGGCGUUAAAUCUCUUUAUUUAUACAGUCCUUGUCACAGCUCCCUUUCAUGUGAUUUGCACAGCCUUCCUAAACAUUUCCUGAAAAAGUACCUAGAUAUUCUAGGUUCCCUUAUUUCAUAGUCUGUUUAAUUUAGAAUUUCUUGUCCUACUCUGUUGAAGGAACACUAUAAUGUUAGGAAUAAAAAAACUUUGUUCCUAACUCUAUAGUGUUGUCCCUCUACCCCCUUCCUCCCCCCCCCAACAACAAAUAAAGGGUUAUAUAACACUUUAAACACUUACUUGAUUCCAGCGAUGUGGGCCAUUGGAGCUGGAUCAAUCACCUAAACAUAACCCCAAUGGAGGACCCUAAUGCACAUGAGUAGCAAGCGCUGUGUGCAUAUUAGAUCUACCCCAUAAAAGAGCAUUGUAUCAAUGAAGAAGAUGGACGUCUUCAUGCAAAGAGUGAGGACGUCCAAAGUUGACUUUUGCAGAUGCUGGAUGUCCUCAUGCAAAGAGUGGGGACGUCCAACAUCGUUUCAUGGAUCUAAACUUUGUGAAAAUGCAGGGCAUUCCUCUAGUGGCUCUUCCAGUUUGUCUUAACCCAGCAGUGUUAAGGGGACAAGAGCACUUCACCCAGACCACUUCAAUUAGAUGAAGUGGUCUGAGUGCCUAUAGUGUCCCUUUUAAUUGUCUUUAAAAACCUUCUAAAGUAAGUUAACAUCUGAUUGAAAAUAAAAUAAUUGUCUUCAUGCAGGCUGCAGGAGUCACGACCAGUAGAGGUGUGGCUAGUGAUGCAUAAACAGAAAUAACAGUGAAUUAACUUCUAAAUGGCAGAGAAUUGAGCAGUGAGACUGCAGGGGCAUUAUCUAUACACCCAAGCUUUCAUUAAGCUAAAGUUGUUUUGAUGCCUACUGUAUCCCUUGAAAUCAAUUUGUUUAUACAGCCCUGGUCACACCUUCCUUGGCUGAAACUCACACAGCCAACAUGAAGAAAUAUUUCAUUUUCAAUCAGAUCCUACAGAACAGUGCAUUUACUUUAAACAUUCUUAUUUCCUGCUAUGUUAGUUGAACUUUAAUCACACUCACAGGGCUCUUGCAGACUCUAUUAAUAGAGCAGUAUAGAAUACAUUUAAAAUUUAAUAGACUAUGCAAUAAUGGAAGUUUAAAAAAUAGAUCUCGCUUUACAGGAAGUGUGUAGGGAGGCUGUGCAAGGGAAGGUGUGACAACAUAAUCAAAGCAAAUUAAAGCAGCACUGUCACUGUAUCAGUAAAACUCUUGACUGGGUUUUUAAUUUCAGUGGAAUUCCAACACAUUCAAUCUGAGUAUUUAAUAAAUAUUUCAUCUUUAGGAAGUACUAAUUGUUAAAGGGGGGUGACAGUGCCACUUCAAUUGUUUCAUAAGCAAAAGCUGUUUUGAUGCUUUGAGUAUCCCUUUAAAAGGACACUCCAGUGUGGAAUUGUCACUUUUUAAUGUGUAAGCUUUUAUUUACAUAUUUUUCAUAAAGCCUAUAAACAAUAUCUCAGAACAGUUGUUCAGAGGCAAGCAAAUACCACAUUUGGGUCCUUCACAUACUAUGGAAAAAAAAUCCAAACAAAACUGCAUUAACAGACACUUACAUCUGAAAGCCCUUAGAUCCGCUAGGUUAACUAACAUACUCUUCUAGCACAAAUGAUAGGGAUAUCUCUGCAGUCUCGAACCUCUUGUACAUUUGUAUGGGAAAUCUAUGUGUUUGCCAAAACUCAUGGAUUUAUGAAGAAGAUGUAGAAGUGAAACACGUGUUAUAAACUUGCAUGUAACCUGUUCCUGGACUUACAUAAAAACAUGUGGCAGCGCUUAGUAAAUACUCCUGUGAGAUAAUCAAAAUUACUGUACAAAAUAUAGUAGUCCACUACCCCCCAUAGGAACUCUUACACGAUAGAAAUGUGGUUACUGUCUCCACUAACUACAGUAAAAGCAUUCACAGAAAUCACAGCAGUAUGCAGAGUUACCGCUCCACCGGUAUGUUCCGUGCCACCAGUCUCCUCUUUAAUGCGGGCAUCUGUGUGUGUAGUUCGGGGAGACGCUGCAGCUCCUCACCACUGAAUUUCUCGUGAAAAAUCAACAGUUCAAUACGUCCUCAUCAACGCGUUUUGCCCAUUAUCGUCUGGCUUUUUCAAGAUAAAGAGGCGGCGGCAUCUCAGUGCACUUACAGUAUCUCACAAAAAUGAGUACACCCCUCCCAUUUUUGUAAAUUUACUAUUAUAUCUUUUCAUGUGACAACACUGAAGAAAUUACACUCUGCUACAAUGUAAAGUAGCAAGUGUACAGCCUGUAUAACAGUGUAAAUUUGCUGUCCCCUCAAAAUAACUCAACAAACAGCCAUUAAUGUCUAAACUGUUGGCAACAAAAGUGAGUACACCCCUACGUGGAAAUGUCCAAAUUGGGUCCAAAGUGUCAAUAUUUUUUGUGGCCACCAUUAUUUUCCAGCAUUGUCUUAACCCUAAUGGGCAUUGAGUUCAAAAGAGCUUCACAGGUUGCCACUGGAGUCCUCUUUCACUCCUCCAUGACGACAUCAUGGAGCUAGUGGAUGCUAGAGACCUUGCGCUCCCCCACCUUCUGUUUGAGGAUUCCCCACAGAUGCUCAAUAGGGUUUAGGUUUGGAGACAUGCUUGGCCAGCCCAUCACCUUUACCUUCAGCUUCUUUAGCAAGGAAGUGGUCGUUUUGGAGGUGUGUUUGGGGUCGUUAUCAUGUUGGAAUACUGCACUGCGGCCCAGUCUCCGAAGGGAGGGGAUCAUGCUCUGCUUCAGUAUAUCAUAAUACAUAUUGGCAUUCGUGGUUCCUUCAAUUAACUGUAGUUCCCCAGUGCCGGCAGCACUCAUGCAGGCCCAGACCAUGAGACUCCCACCACCAUACUUGACUGUAGGCAAGCCACACUUGUCUUUGUACUUCUCACCUGGUUGCCGCCACACACGCUUGACACUAUCUGAACCAAAUAAGUUUAUCUUGGUCUCAUUGGACCACAGGACAUGGUUCCAGUAAUCCAUGUCCUUAGUCUGCUUGUCUUCAACAAACUGUUUGCAGGCUUUCUUGUGCAUCAUCUUUAGAAGAGGCUUCCUUCUGGGACGACAGCCAUGCAGACCAAUUUGAUGCAGUGUGCGGUGUAUGCUCUGAGCACUGACAGGCUGAUCCCGCAUCCCUUCAACCUCUGCAGCAAUGCUGGCAGAACUCAUAUGCCUAUUUCCCAAAGACAACCUUUGGCUAUGUCACUGAGAACGUGCACUCAACUUCUUUGGUCGACCAUGGCGAGGCCUGUUCUGGGUGGAACCUGUCCUGUGAAACCGCUGUAUGGUCUUGUCCACCGUGCUGCAGCUCAGUUUCAGGGUCUUGGCAAGCAUCUUAUAGCCCACGCCAUCUUUAUGUAGAGCAACAAUUCUUUUUUUCAGAUCCUCAGAGAGUUCUUUGCCAUGAGGUGCCAUGUUGAACUUUCUGGGACCAGUAUGAGGGAGUGUGAGAGUGAUAACACCAAAUUUAACACACCUGCUCCCCAUUCACACCUGAGACCUUGUAACACUAAUGAGUCACGUGACACCAGGGUGGGAAAAUGGCUAAUUGGGCCCAAUUUGAACAUUUCUACUUAGGGGUGUACUCACUUUUAUUGCCAACGGUUUAGACAUUAAUGGCUGUGUGUUGAGUUAUAUUGAGGAGACAGCAAAUGUACACUGUUAUACAGGCUGUACACUUACUACUUUACAUUGUAGCAAAGUGUAAUUUCUUCAGUGUUGUCACAUGAAAAGAUAUAAAAUAUUUACAAAAAUGUGAGGGGAUACUGUAAGUGCACUGAAAUGAGGCCGCUUCUUUAUCUUGAAAAAGCCAAAGGAUAACGAGAGAAACCCGUUGAUGAGGAAGCGGUGUUGAACUGUUUUUUCACGAGAAAUUCAGUGGUGAGGAGCUGCAGCGUCUCCCCGAACCACACACACAGAUGCCCGCAUUAAAGAGGAGACUGGUGGCACGGAACAUACUGGUGGAGUGGUAACUCUGAAUACUGCUGUGAUUUCUGUGAAUGCUUUUACUGUGGUUAGUGGAAACAGUAACCACAUUUCUUUAGUGAGAUACCGUAUAUACAGGGAGUGCAGAAUUAUUAGGCAAGUUGUAUUUUUGCGGAUUAAUUUUAUUAUUGAACAACAACCAUGUUCUCAAUGAACCCAAAAAACUCAUUAAUAUCAAAGCUGAAUAUUUUUGGAAGUAGUUUUUAGUUUGUUUUUAGUUAUAGCUAUGUUAGGGGGAUAUCUGUGUGUGCAGGUGACUAUUACUGUGCAUAAUUAUUAGGCAACUUAACAAAAAACAAAUAUAUACCCAUUUCAAUUAUUUAUUAUUACCAGUGAAACCAAUAUAACAUCUCAACAUUCACAAAUAUACAUUUCUGACAUUCAAAAACAAAACAAAACAAAAACAAAUCAGUGACCAAUAUAGCCACCUUUCUUUGCAAGGACACUCAAAAGCCUGCCAUCCAUGGAUUCUGUCAGUGUUUUGAUCUGUUCACCAUCAACAUUGCAUGCAGCAGCAACCACAGCCUCCCAGACACUGUUCAGAGAGGUGUACUGUUUUCCCUCCUUGUAAAUCUCACAUUUGAUGAUGGACCACAGGUUCUCAAUGAGGCCAUGUCAUUAGAUUUCUUUUAUACCCUUUCUUGCCAGCCACGCUGUGGAGUACUUGGACGCGUGUGAUGGAGCAAUUCCUGCAUGAAAAUCAUGUUUUUCUUGAAGGAUGCAGACUUCUUCCUGUACCACUGCUUGAAGAAGGUGUCUUCCAGGAACUGGCAGUAGGACUGGGAGUUGAGCUUGACUCCAUCCUCAACCCGAAAAGGCCCCACAAGCUCAUCUUUGAUGAUACCAGCCCAAACCAGUACUCCACCUCCACCUUGCUGGCGCCUGAGUCGGACUGGAGCUCUCUGCCCUUUACCAAUCCAGCCACGGGCCCAUCCAUCUGGCCCAUCAAGACUCACUCUCAUUUCAUCAGUCCAUAAAACCUUAGAAAAAUCAGUCUUGAGAUAUUUCUUGGCCCAGUCUUGACGUUUCAGCUUGUGUGUCUUGUUCAGUGGUGGUCGUCUUUCAGCCUUUCUUACCUUGGCCAUGUCUCUGAGUAUUGCACACCUUGUGCUUUUGGGCACUCCAGUGAUGUUGCAGCUCUGAAAUAUGGCCAAACUGGUGGCAAGUGGCAGCAGCUGCACGCUUGACUUUUCUCAGUUCAUGGGCAGUUAUUUUGCGCCUUGGUUUUUCCACACGCUUCUUGCGACCCUGUUGACUAUUUUGAAUGAAACGCUUGAUUGUUCGAUGAUCACGCUUCAGAAGCUUUGCAAUUUUAAGAGUGCUGCAUCCCUCUGCAAGAUAUCUCACUAUUUUUGACUUUUCUGAGCCUGUCAAGUCCUUCUUUUGACCCAUUUUGCCAAAGGAAAGGAAGUUGCCUAAUAAUUAUGCACACCUGAUAUAGGGUGUUGAUGUCAUUAGACCACACCCCUUCUCAUUACAGAGAUGCACAUCACCUAAUAUGCUUAAUUGGUAGUAGGCUUCGAGCCUAUACAGCUUGGAGUAAGACAACAUGCAUAAAGAGGAUGAUGUGGUCAAAAUACUCAUUUGCCUAAUAAUUCUGCACUCCCUGUAUACCUUAACCUUCCAUUAUUAAUUGUGCCCUCUUAAAGGCUCAGUUGUACUUCAUUAUUUCACUGGCACAACUUUUCAUGUGUCAGUCAUCGAGUUUAUAGAGAUAGAAAUUAAUCUAUUUUAACUUAAAAGUCAAAACAUAUGUAUAAUCUGUAAUUCUCUAUUAAGAGUUUACAUUUACUGCUUCAAAGCAAUGGAUACAUAUAAAAUUCUACAUAUUCGCAAAAGAUAAAAUAAAAAGAGUCUGAUAGAUGAUUGAGAUAGAGAUAGAUUAAGCAAAGAAUGUAGUCAAAUCAGUAUAAAUAGGGGGAGAGGAGCCUGACCGCUGAACAGAUCAGACGUGUCCUGUCUGAGCUCUGGCACCUGGGCCAGAAAUUCGGAGCUAACUCCGUGCCAUCAGUAGCCACAGUCCCAAACUGACACCCAAUCUACUCACAAGAUGAGGGCGCACACGAUGAUACCGCUUCUGACCCGAUACGGCACUGGAGUAACCCGACCGACACCUGGGGCCUACCCGAGCUUGAGCCGGCGUCCCGCUGUCCCCCCCUCUUUGGGCCGGCGGGGGUUAUCCCGGUCCCCACGGGCGACCAACACCGACAACUGCCUGGCCCAAGUACAAAUUAAGCCGCAGAAUAAAACCCAGAUGGCAUAUUCCAAAAUGGCGGAUGUCCCGCAGCCACAUGGGCAGGCAGAGAGCGAACCACCAAAGAGCGCAAGCACACCCAAACGGCAGAACCGACUUGCGAACCCCGCAUACCCCAGGGGAAAGCCAGCUACCCACCUCAAGCGCCUACAAGCUCCGGCAAUGAAACGCAAGCGGAGAGACAAAGGGCGGGAAAUGAGGGGUCCCCCCUGGGCACUCCCAACACACAGAACACAAAACCUUACAAGAUGAGCCCACUCAGGCGGAAAACAACCAGGGGAUUACCCCCGGAACAUCAGCCACAGGUGCGGAGGAUCCGACGCCACAGAAGGAGACUCCACACCAGGACCUUCAACAGCCCCUACACAGGGAAGAACGCGGCCCUCUCCAGGAGUAACCAAACUCGUGGUCCACAAAUGCAGGUCCCCAGGACAGUCCAGGACCCUGAGGAGGGCUUACCAGAACUGUGCCAUCAGACCGCCUGCAGCCCCUUCCGCUCACCACCAAGCCUAGGCAUUGGCUAACUCUAGACUCUGUGCCCGGCACUUCCCUGCAAGCACAGAAACCACAGACUGUACCCGCAGCCCCACAUACCCCUUGACUUACCUGACAACCAUGCAGCACCACCAGUAUCCAGAGCACACCUAACGUACAUACCAUGACACCGCAUUUGACGGACACAAUGCCACAGUUAAUCCUCCUAUUCGCAGGCCCUGACAACAACCCCCACAACUAACGAUAUAGACCUCAGACCCGUCUAGGGGAGCAUUGGUAGGCCAGACACACAAAAUUCUACACACUACACGUCGGUACCCGUGGCAGACCAAACUAGAGUACAACUGUACAGCCCAAAUGACACAAUAGCGACCAGACAUUCACGCGAUUAUAGCAUGUAAACACUUAACACUAUGUUGUACAAACUACAGUGAAGCUACUUAUAACUCCAAACUAUGCUUGUUAUCUAAUGCUCCUAUUGCUAGAUCUGACAACACACUCGGUGAGCUCCACAUACUUAAACUUUAUAAUAAUAUAAAAUUGUGCAGAUCCUCUAUAUGCCAUGUUUGACCAUGUAUGAUGUUAUUAUGCUCGUGACUGCUAUUGUGGCAACACGGCCAGCUUGUAAUACCUUGCACACAAAAAUAAAGAAUUAAAAAAAAAAAAAAGCAGUAAAAAUAGAAAUUGCCUUAUAUAAGGGUAUAAAGCAAACUCCCCAACUUUUUAAAAUAGAUGUGCAGAUCGAUUUCCCUAUUAUCGAAUAGUUGAUUUUGCUUAUUGAUUAUAAUGGGUAGAUUUAAACAAUUAAAAUUAUUAUCCAGCCCUCAAGUAAAAAACCUAUACAAUCUUAAGUCAUCUUGUUAAAUAAACAUUUUUAGUAAGAUAAAGCUAAUAAACCCUAUAUUACGAUACAUCUAACACAAAAGUUGAGUUAAGCAUCUGUUUUUCUCAAUUUAAAAUCUGUAAAAACUAAGUUAUUUUAUCAAAUAAGUGCCCAGUUUUUCUACUUUUUCAGGAUAUUGGAUAAUUCUAAUUCUGCAUUUAAGCCUAAUGGCUUUUUCUGGACUUGACACAAUGCUUUUUACUUAAGGAAUGAUGAUGCACACACACAGCUAAGGACAUCAUUUUUACAAAUAUCACUGAAGAAGUAGGGCAGCAGCUCAAUGGCAAUGAGUCAGAAUGGCAAUCUAUUUUCCAUUGCAGACAUUUCUGAUUUCUUAUUAGAGACUGAAACCUGAAGGAACUUUGCAUAGCAACAAAUCUAGCCACACCACUAGCAAUGGCUUCAGGUGGCAUUAUAGCAUAAAAUGCCCUCACACCAUCACCACUGUGAGGCAAUUGAGCAGCCCCCUACCGGGUCUAUGAAUUCUAGAUAUUUGCAGUAUAUGUCCUUUUAUAUUUUGCUGUUCUGGUAUGAGCGCUGUAUUGAUGUAAUUUUGUAGAGGGCUUAUUACAUGCAUAAUAUAUUCCAUUGCUAUUGCAUGCCAUGCUUUGCCCACUGGUAUGUUUUGUCAAUCCCCCAUCCCUCUUCUUAACAUGUGCGAGGAAAACUGAAUCACAAAAUGAGAGUGGAUAAUUACUGUCCACAUCUGCCUGUUACCACUAGCCCAUCUAUCUAAAGCUUUGUCUUGGGACACAAUGUGAUGACCAGCACUGUUAAACUAAGCUUUUUGCAGAGGUGGGUGGUAUGAGUGCAGGUAUGCUUUAUGGAUGGAAGACAUGAGGUCCAUGAACACUGCCUUACGCAGUGCUCAUCUCAGAGACUUUCUGUGCAAUAUGAAUAUAGGGACUUUUGCUUUAAAAUUAGCUAACCAAAACACAACCACCUCUACUCUUAACUCAAGAGAUGACCAAAUUGCAAAAACAUCAGCAAUGUCACCAUCAGUUACAUAGGGUUGGAUAGGGUAUUGAACAUAUCAUUUAUCGGUUUGUAAGGUAAUUUGCAUACUUAUAUUUCUAUAUUUAUAUUGACAAGAUUCCCUGGAGACUCAGUGGAUGACUUUGCCUUCCCAGUGUCUGCAAUGUGUAGUCACUUUAAAUCUAGAUUUGGUCUAUCUCUGUAGCCCCAAUGAAAGGCUUCUGCAUUGAAGCUGGGGGCAAACGUGGAAAGAUACUUAUCUGUCUUUUUCUUAUCUACAUUGCAACAUAUGGGUUUCAAUGCUAGUUUUCUACCAUGGGAAUAAGUAUUUAGUCUACCCCAAUCACACACAAAGUAAAAUGAAUCCUUUUCUUUCAUAACGCAGGUAUUUAGAAACAAAUGUUGACUUGUUUUUCAUCUAUGUCCUUUUUGUCAGAUUGCUGAACACCUUGGCAUGAUGCAUGCUCAUAUUUUUGGAGCAUAUUUUGGAUUAUCAGUCUCAUGGUUAAUCUCUUCACCUUCGCAAAGUAAUAUAGUCAACAAAGAAAAAGAAAAAUCUUGUAAAACUUCAGAGUUGUUUUCCAUGUUAGGUAAGUCACAAGAAACAUUACAGACUGAAUUAACAAAAAAAUGUUGAAUGAGAAUCGUCACAAUAAACAAUUGUUAAGAUAGAAUAAAUGUUCCUUUAAAGCAGUUUUUCCACAUUAUUUUUCAAAAAAUCCACAAUAUGGCCAUCACGGCUUGUAUUGCGAUAGUCUGGGGGUUCAGCAGAGGUGAGUUGUCCCCCAUGGUUGCAGUCAUCUUCGACUCCUGGUGCUUUAUCUGCCAGGAGACAAUGUCAGUACUUUACUCUUGCGCUUGUGUGAGAGUACAACACUGAUGUCUAUGGAGGAUAUAUUAUGAUAUCUUUUGACUGCACUGGAAUUUAAAAUAAAUACAGUCUUUAUAAACAUUCCAUAUAGAAUUCAUGAAGUGCUCAAAUAGUUUUGGCUCUAAUAAUGGGUUAGUAAAAUAGUUCUACUUUUUGUAAUUUGUAUACGGAUAACAUAAAACAUGAAAUUAAUAUUUUACAAUGCAGGGGACCAUAGUCACUUGCAGCACUCGUGGAGAUGCAAAUUACAACUUACAUCAUGCUCAUUCAGAUACUGACUGAGUGAUGGGAGUUGCAGUCCAAUGCUCAAAGUGCUAGUUGUAUCAUGCCCAUUUUUCGCUCUUUCUACCCAGAGUCCCCUAGAGCAGCAUCAAAAGAAUUGUAAAUUAGGACCUCUCUUUAUAACUGGAAUACUGCAACUGACCCUCAUUUUUAAUUAAAUGAGAUGCCAAUAUACAAUGCUCAAAAAAAUAAAGGGAACACAAAAAUAACACAUCCUAGAUCUGAAUGAAUUAAAUAUUCUUCUGAAAUACUUUGUUCUUUACAUAGUUGAAUGUGCUGACAACAAGAUCACACAAAAAUAAAAAAAAUGGAAAUUAAAUUUUUCAACCCAUGGAGGUCUGGAUUUGGAGUCACACUCAAAAUUAAAGUGGAAAAACACACUACAGGCUGAUCCAACUUUGAUGUAAUGUCCUUAAAACAAGUUAAAAUGAGGCUAAGUAGUGUGUAUGGCCUACAACGCCUGUGCAUACUCCUUAUGAGGUGGCGAAAGGUCUCCUGAGGGAUAUCCUCCCAGACCUGGAUUAAAGCAUCUGUCAACUCCUGGACAGUCUGUGCUGCAACGUGACGUUGGUGGAUGGAGCGAGACAUGAUGUCCCAGAUGUUCUCAAUUGGAUUCAGGUCUAGGGAACGGGUGGGCCAGUCCAUAGCAUCAAUGCCUUCGUCUUGCAGGAACUGCUGACACACUCCAGCCACAUGAGGUCUAGCAUUGUCUUUCAUUAGGAGGAACCCAGGGCCAACUGCACCAGCAUAUGGUCUCACAAGGGGUCUGAGAAUCUCAUCUUGGUACCUAAUGGCAGUCAGGCUACCUCUGGCGAGCACAUGGAGGGCUGUGCGGCCCCCCAAAGAAAUGCCACCCCACACCAUUACUGACCCACUGCCAAACAGGUCAUGCUGGAGGAUGUUGCAGGCAGCAGAAUGUUCUCCACGGCAUCUCCAGACUCUGUCAUGUCUGUCACAUGUGCUCAGUGUGAACCUGCUUUCAUCUGUGAAGAGCACAGGGCACCAGUGGCGAAUUUGCCAAUCUUGGUUUUCUCUGGCAAAUGCCAAACGUCCUGCACGGUGUUGGGCUGUAAGCACAACCCCCACCUGUGGACGUCGGGCCCUCAUACCACCCUCAUGGAGUCUGUUUCUGACCGUUUGAGCAGACACAUGCACAUUUGUGGCCUACUGGAGGUCAUUUUGCAGGGCUCAGGCAGUGCUCCUCCUGUUCCUCCUUGCACAAAGGAGGAAGUAGCGGUCCUGCUGCUGGGUUGUUGCCCUCCUACAGCUUCCUCCAAGUCUCCUGAUGUACAGCAAAACUUCUUGCCACAGCUCGCAUUGAUGUGCCAUCCUGGAUGAGCUGCACUACCUGAGUAACUUGUGUGGGUUGUAGACUCCGUCUCAUGCUACCACUAGAGUGACCAAAACAUCAGCCAGGAAGCAUAGGAACUGAGAAGUGGUCUGUGAUCACCACCUGCAGAACCACUCCUUUAUUGGGGGUGUCUUGCUAAUUGCCUAUAAUUUCCACCUGUUGUCUAUCCAAUUUGCACAACAGCAUGUGAAAUUGAUUGUCACUCAGUGUUGCUUCCUAAGUGGACAGUUUGAUUUCACAGAAGUGUUAUUGACUUGGAGUUACAUUGCGUUGUUUAAGUGUUCCCCUUAUUUUUUUGAGCAGUGUAUAAGAUAUUGGAUAAACUAGAUGGACCACACAUUUGUGAUUUGUAAUUCAAUGCUGAUGCCAGGCAGAUAUUCGUGUUUGGCUGGCAAUUGUGGCAUGUCAGUGCACCAAGUCAGCCCAAACAUGACCCAACCAUAUAUGUAUAUGUACAGAGUAUUUGUCAGGGUCUCACCUCUCUUUCAUGGCACAAUCCUUGUUCACAUCUCUGUGUUGCUUUGGGUAAUCAGCAUUGUUCUAGUUGCCAUGUGUCAUUGGCAUCUUCCAUGGUAGCCAUUUAUGGCCAUAUUUAACCACAUCCACAUAUGAUGCUUAAAGGAUGUGAGUUACUGUUUGAGUUAAAGCCACACACUUAUAAAAAUGAACGCAUUUUUAUGCACACAUUGAUCGCCAAGUCUUGGCACCUAACUCUUACAUAGUACAGAUGCUGUUGUGUAGAAUUGGUAGGCCUUUUUGGCAGCUAUGGUAACUAUGUAUAACAACCAUAAUAAUCAAGACAUCGCCUAUACAGCCAUCUGAUCCCUCAAAGAAGGCAGCAUAUAGGGCAAGGCCAGACUGCCAUGCUAGAUGGACCAGUGAUAGCUCCUUACAACACCCUAAUUAUUUAGGAUUGAAUUGCUUUAUCAUCCCUUUAAGCGACCCAUAUUAACACUGUAAGGAGCCUAGAGAUAUCUUAUACCUAAAGCUUUUAAUUGUUUUUUGGUCCUGGAUUCUCAAAUUUGAGGCCUAAUGCAAGCCUUGGAAAGGAGUGACAGCUGACCUUCCAGACAGGGUUGGUCUGGACAUUAGUCUUGUUUUGUCUAAGCCCUGCUCCCAUCUUUGGACCAGCGGGUGUUAUCCCAGUUCCCCACCAGCACAGAUAUCUGUUCUUCACUUUAUUUUUGGGCACUUGGCUGACUGACACCACACACUAACAUCAACAUUCCAAGAUGGCUGCUAAUCAUUCUAUACCCCAGUGAUGGAGAUACAGCAGAGGUGGAAAAAAUCCUUUCUCUUGGCAUAUGACGAAAUUUGUGAUAGUUUUUGUGGAGACCAGACAAGUGGGUGCUCCAAUUCACAUUAUCUGAUAUCAAGCCAGUUUCCAGUGCUUCAAUCCUCCAUUCCCUUCCUGGGCUGGAAGUCAAAGUGGAUGAUGUCCACAUUCACACCUCGAGUCCACCACCUGGAGAAGCAGCCUCCUCUUGGGACUUUGACCUUGGCCCCUGGGGGGACGUUGUCAGUGGACAAUAUGUGAUAGUUCUGGUUAUCACCUAGAGCUCGGAAGGCAGGGAAGGGAGCAUUCUGGUGUCCGUUGUACUGAUUUCUGCUGAGUGCAGCACCUUCCUGAGUUAGGGAAUUGGUUGACACUAAGAGAUCUCCUGCCUGAAAUUGGCCAUUUUAGUACAUGCAGCCUUUCUAUUCUCUACUCUCUUUUGCUAUACAGCUGAAUGUCCUAUGUUAAUAGUUUACCUAGUGGGUUACCUUAGUGCCAGGUUUGCUGACCUUUUAUAGCAUUCUUAUCUGUAACUACAAGCACAUUGUAAGCUAAAUAUAACUCCUAACUUAAUUAUUUUCUUAUACUUGUUAUUUUACAAAAUUAGAUAUCGUUAUUUACCAGACUAAAGAUUAUACUGUUAAAUAGAAUAUUGUGCAAAAUAUUAAACAAUAGAAUUCCCACUGUUAGUAUAUUUUUGGUAUUUCACUUAUUUGAUGAGUAAAGUUUGUUUUAUUUCUUUAAUCUUUAGGUGCUGUAUUUAUGUGGAUGUUUUGGCCCUCCUAUAACUCUGUGUUACUUCAAGAUAGAGUACAAAAACGUAAUGCAAUCUACAACACUUACUUUGCCCUCGCUGUUAGUGCAGUUACUGUAUUUUCAGUGUCCCUUCUCAUGAAUCAAAAAGGAAAACUUAAAAUGGUAAGAUGUCAUGUAUAGUAAACACAGUCACAGGGCUCGGUUUUAUUACUAGAGAGAAGCAUAACUCUGUUAAAUAGGAAUUUCUCUAUUAAUAUUUAUGGGAAAAUUGGUAUUUGAUAACCAUCAUAGGAAAGUUUAUAGGUGCUUAUAGAAUCUAACUCUUACUUGGGUUUCAUUAUAAUGACAACUUUGCAUUUUACAGUAUAUUAUAUUAUUGGCUUCAUAACAUUUUAUGACAGGCUAUUAUUGCCUGAAUGGACCUUAAAUGCACCAAAUUAAUUAUUAGUCACCAUAACAACUUUAGCUUAAUGAAGUGGUUUUGGUGUAUAGAUCAUGCCCAUGCAGUCUCACUGUGCAGUUCUCUGUCAUUUUGUAGUUAAAUCACUUUGUUUAUACAGCCCUUGGCACACCUCCCUACAUGUGACUUACAAAGCCUUCCUAAACACGUUCUGUAAACAUAGAUCUAAUGUUUAAACUUCCUUUAUUGCAAAUUAUGUUCAAUUAUUGCUUACUAGAGCCUGCAGGAGCCUCCCGUGUGUAAUUAAAGUUCAGUUUACGGAGCAGGAUAUACAAAAUUAUAAUAAGUUACAUCUGAUUGAAAAUCAAAUAAUUUUGUUCUCAUGCAGGAUGUGUCAAUCACAGCCAGGGGAGGUGUGACUAGGGCUACUUAAACAGAAACAAAAUAUAUUUAACUCCUAAAUGGCAGUGAAUUGAGCUGUGAGACUGCAGGGACAUGAUCUAUACACCAAAACUGCUUCAUGAAGCUAAAGUUGUUUUGGUGACUAUAGUGUCCCUUUAAUUUAAUUAUUUGGUGCAUAUAUAAUUUGCUGAUUUACCUUUCUGAUUUAGAGAAACAGUGCUGAUUACAAUUAUGCCUAAAAUAUGCUUCUCAAGGCUGUCACAUUGACAGCUACUAGAGAAUCAUCCUCAUUGAAUACCUGAUUUUUGAAGGUCUUCACAUUCAGUGUAAUCACAGGAUGACCUAAAAAGUCAGAAUGCUUCCCUUGGUUUGGGGGAGCAUGGCAAUUGCAUGCUGUAGGUUCCCAGUGCUUCAUUAUGAGAAGCAUUGUAUUGGAAAAGGUAGAGGCAAAGUGACUGCUGUGAGGAGACUGUAUUGGCACUGGAUUGCAGGUGUCAUUUCUCCACAAAUACCCUUUUUUAGUAAAUAACCGUGUAGGUGUAUCUGCCAUAUCACAUGUUAACUAGUUAUUUUGCCUAUCACGCGGUUUCCUUUCCUCAUCCCUAUUGGACAGAUUCCUGCAGCCAUUCAUAUGAAUAGGUUACAUAAUAUCUUACAAUUUCUCUUUUACUAAAAUAUCUAAAAGUCUAAAUAUAAAAUUGCACAAAUCAUAUUCCAAUCAUACUUUGCAUACAGUAUCAACUCAUGUAGUCUUUCUUCUCCCCACCAAAAUAUAUGAAAACACUGUACUCAAAACAGGCAAGUACUAAACAAAUGAGUGUUAUAAAUAGACUCAGGUAAAGGGGCUAGAAAAACAAAAAAAUCCAGAGUAUAUUUAGUAUCAUAUGUGUCCCUUUACUCACUGAGACAGAAACCAGUUCAGGAAAUUAUCUUUUUUUUCUGUUUAUUUUUCACAGAAUGCUAUUAUUUACCUAGAAUGUAUUCCUCCCUUGCCAUGACCUAUUUCUGUAAUAAUGAUAUAUAAUACAUCUGGUGACCAGCACACUUCAUACAUAACCAGCUAUGAAUCUGUAGAGAUUGCAAUAAAAUAAAAAUGUAGAAAGAACCAUAUAGGUUUAAGUCACAUAUUAUUAAAUCACAUUGAAUACUAAGUCUAGCAGGUCUAAAUAAUACAAUUACAUUCAUAUUAAAGGCAUAAGAGUUAUAUCUCCAUACCUUUAGACUUUCCAGACACCAAGAAACUUAUUUAUUUGCUUUUUUUAUUUUAGAUUCUUUAUUUUUUUAGAGUGCAUGAGGGUAACAAGCAUUCUUGCUAUGCCUCGCCAUCUAUAGCAAGAAACGUUUGAACAAUAAGUUUAACAUAUAAGACAUAGUAGCAUAUUAGCGCACAUUUUUAUGUUAAUAAGUCAAGAGUUUUUGCGGCGUCAUCUAACCUUCAGCAUGAUCGUGCUAGUAAAAUCAAUACAGCUUAACAGAUGUGCUUAGUGUGAAAGUUUAGGUGAGACAUGUUUGAUAACAGAUUUAUGACUCUGCUUGUACGUAAGUUGCUGAUUUACACGCUUUCCAUGCCAGUCUUAUGUGUUGUAAUUACAGAGUGAGUGAACAUGAAGCGUUAAUAGGGCAUGCAUGGCUACAUAUGAAUAGACAUGUGCAAUUUGUUUUGGGCCGAAUAUGAAUUCGGACGAAUUUCAGGGAAAUUCGGCCAUUUGGGCAAUUCGGCCAUUCGGGUAAUAGCCGAAUUGCCGAAGUGCCGAAUUACCGAGGUCCCGAAGUUCCGAAAUUAGAGAAUUUCCAAAGUGCUGAAGUGCCGAAGUUCCGAAGUUGCAGAAGUUCCGAAGUGCCGAAUUUCCGAAGUUCCGAAGCACAGUAUUGCCUAAGUACUAAUAUACUUACCCAGUGGAAGAAGAAGAAUGUUACACUGUAUACUAUUUUAAAUAAAAGGUAUACAAACAUAGCCAGGAUUCAGCUGUAAGCGUUUGCAACACUUACAACAAUCAAGUAACACACAUUCAUAUAAAAUGUAAGUUACUUGGCCAGUCACAUGGCGCUCGAGGGAGGCUGCUCACUGUUUAAUAGACAUGCCCCUACUCGCAGUAUAGCGAGUAGGGGCAUAAUUUACUAAUACUAAGUAAUCUUUACUUAGUAUUAGUAAAUUUGGCUGAAAGACCAAUUUAGGUCUUUCAGCCUUUUGGUAGCUAACUCCCUAAGACCAUGGGAAUUAGGGAGUUAUCUACCAAGCGGCUGCAAGAGAAGUUCCGAAGUGUCGACGUACAGAAGUUACCGAAAUUCCGAAGUGUCGAAGUGCCGAAUUGCCGAAUUUCGGAAUGUUGAACCGAACUGAAAUUUUUUCCCAUGCACAUGCCUACAUACGAAUAAACUAAAAAACUUGCUGAUAAGACUCGGUUGAACUCGGAGUCAGGGCAACCUGUAAGCUGCCAGACACAAAGGCUAUUUGGCAUAAAAUUGUCCAGUAGCAGUCUAUCUAGAAACACAGCUAAAAGAAGACAUAAUAUUAUCAUGCAGGUAUCAGUGAUAUAUGCAGUGAGGAUAAACGUUUGAGCAGUACCAAGCAGUAAAGUUCAGUAUUGAACAGCUAACUCGGCUUAAAGAGUUGCAGAAUGGACUAGCCAGGGUUUAUUACGGCAGAGGUACCAAACAGUGUGCCCCGUGCGUUCCUGCGAUGUGAGUCCUUCUUUAUCCAAUUCCUAGCAGGGGAAAGAAUGUAGGACAUGCACGGGGGUCUCGCAGGGGUAGGGCAACGUCCAGCUGGAGUAGUUCCCGUGGUGGGCACGUUUGUUCAUCGCCGUGGGUACCUGAGAUCACAGUGCAGGUAUGUGGUGUGCUUGUCCGGGACUCUAUGGUUCCCCGUGACUUUGUCGUGCUCCGGCACCACGGUAUGGGUCUGCCACUCAGCAGUCGCUGGGCGGUGCUUGAUGUCGUGCGUGAUUGACCUGGAUCCCGUAGAUCCUCUCGGGGAGGUAGCACCGCUCUGUAUAAGUGCCUACAGGCAGGCGGGAGAUGUCUUCGUCUUCGGCGCCAUUUUUGUUUGUUGACUGUUGAGCGGGGUUUAGCUCAGCUGUGGCGAAUACCUGUGGGACUUUCUGGGUAGGUUCCUUUGUGCUUUAGCCUGCUGCUCUCUGGCUUCUAGUUUCGCCCAAAAGGCAUCGAAGAUUGCAGUCAGCCUUGUCAUCGUGGCAGUCUCCCCUCCGCAGCCGUUAUGGUCGCACGUGGCGUCCACCAUUGUGUGGGCCUGUGGAGCUGGGGGUUGCUUGUAGGUGCUCCGCCAUCCAUGUCAGCCGUGGCUCUUGUGUCUGGCAGGUUUGGACCGGGAUCACCCCCACCGGUCCUAAGGGGGGGAGCGGGCAAUCAGUGGCUCAGCGCCCCCGGCAUAGAGGCGAGGAGAGCGGCCGCCUAUCCCCCAUCCCCAUCCACCGUAGGCCACCUCUGUUACACGCUUGCGGGAAACACCGGUGUCCGGUAUCAGUCAAUUCGCCAGAGUGCCCGUAGUCUGGGCGUAUUCCGGCAUCAAUGUAAGCAUCGGAUCCGUGGAAAUUUCCUUGAAUCAGCAAUGGCUUCGGGAGCUCCCCGCAAUGCGACUACUCCGUUUGCAGGUCAGGCCCCGCGCCCCUAUUUGCUCUUUUUAUACACCAAUAAUAGGUCACAUGUUGAAGAGAGGGUGCAAAACAUAGAUACUUAAUUUGUACAUAUGUAUAAUAUAAAAAGUAGACAUACAGUUGUGCUCAAAAGUUUGCAUACUCUGACAGAAAUUGUGAAAUUUUUGGCAUUGAUUUUGAAAAUAUGACUGAUCAUACACAAAAAUUUAUUUUAUUGAAGGAUAGUGAUCAUAUGAAGUCAUUUAUUAUCACAUAGUUGCUCAUAGUUCGGCUACUUUUCAAAUAAUAACGCUAACAGCAAUCCCCAAAUGGCCCUGAUCAAAGGUUUACAUACUGGGGAAAGCUGAGCUCAGCAAGUAACUGAAUGUAAACAACAAAACAGAAAUAAUGGUAUAAAAAAAGCAGAGCAAUGCUGCGGGGACACCUGCCACCAACUCUGCCUCUUCUAAAUCAUCUCUACAGAGAUUUUUCUCUGAGCAAACGGAGUCGGAGCAGAGCGUCAAAAUGGCACCUCAGUCGGCACAUGUGGCAGCCGAAAAACAAGCCUGUCGACUUCAGAGUGCUCUAUUGAGGACACUGACCUCCUGGCACUAAUCACACAACUCCCAUCCAAGGCAGACAUUGCUGCUAUGUUCCAGAGAUUGGAGGAGAGCUUCGGGGAAAAACUACAAGGCGUCAGCACCGACGUUCAACAUCUGGGUGACAGAGUACAGGCUCUGGAGGAUAAUGGUGAAGUGGCAGAACAGCAACGGUCUGAAUGCCACACCACUUAGAAGCUACAUGCAGAGGCUAUAUUGUACUUACACAUGAGGCUGGAGGAUGUAGACAACAGAGGACGGCGGAAAAAUUUGCGGGUGAGGGGCAUUCUGGAAGGCCCGGAGGAAACCACUGUCAGGAUCACCAUUGUGCUUUACACAAUAUUGUGUAUUUGGGUCUGGCUGGGAUCAAACCUGAGUUUCCUGCAUCCCAGUCGGUAUCCUUGCAUUGAGCUCCACGCAUCUUUGACUGUUUCUGGUUGUUCUUGGUAUCCUGUAGUCUGAGCCUGUUCACUUGGAAUGUGCACACCUGUUCCUGGUUCCUUGAUGAUUGGCUGAGACUCCCUAUUUAAACCCCGCAAGGCUGGUUCUCGUUGUCAGAUCGUGUUUCCUGUUCCUGUUUGGUUUCACUGCUAUUCUUCUGACUCCUGGUUUUGAUCCCCUGCUCGUCUACCGUUUUUGCCUGAUUGCCGCCUGUCCUGACUUCUGAUUCUGAUACUGACUACUCUUCUGGAUAUCCUUUGUCUGUACUGCGUUCUAGGAAGCACUGGUUAUUUCAGCCCCAGUGCACUGUGUCACAACCUUGGGGAUUUCUGUCCUGAGUCCCCUUGGCCUGUGUCGAAUUGCAAAGGGUGCCUCAACUCUGCGUGCUGGACUCCCACUUCAGGUAAGAUCCUUGACAACCACAGAGGACCCCAUGAAGGUACUAACAACCCUCUUUGACCAGAUCCUCUCUAGGUCUCUGGCCACGACCAUUAAGUUUGACAGGGCCCACAGAGCAACCAGGCCUAGAAACCUUCCGCAAGAUAAACCUUGCGACCUUAUAUGUCAUAUUCAUAGCUUCCCAUUGAAGCAAGAGAUCUUCCGGAGGGCCCCCCAAACAAGUGAAUUGCAAUAGGACCAGAACCUCUCCCCAGCAACGCUUCUAGCCAGGAGAGUGCUCCGGCCUAUAACUCAAAUCCUGGACAAAAAUAUAAAAUUCCAUUGGACUUUCCCUUUCGCCCUGGUGAUGACGCAGCAAGGCAAGACCUAUUUCAUCAGCAACCCAACGGAGGUACCGGACUUCCUGCAGGCCAAAGAUCCAGGUGGCAAAGACCCCCAAAGAAAUGCAGAAGACAAGUCCCACAUGGUGCCGAACACCCCUCCACACCUAGAGACAAGGUUGCCUGGGACUUAAGGGUGGAAGAAUAUAUCCUUUGCACUAAUGUAACCCACAGAAUGGGGUCCCAACUGUUUUACUAUAUAAUGCCAAUGAUUUCUUAGUUUAUAUUAGUUUAUUUGCAUAUCCUGAGCCCAUGUGGCCACAGAAAAGUUGAUAAUAUCCUAAUAUGAAAAAUGUAAGGUUUACAGGUGCCUGUGCUCCGGGUGCAGUUCAUGCGGUAUGGGUCAUGCUCAUAUCUGUGGUAUGGGUGCGAUCCGUGGUGCUACCAAUGCAUCUGAAGCAAUCAAUCAGUUCCCCACACGAUAACUAGGUCCCCUACCCCCAAAGAGGUGCCCCACAACUACAUGUUGAUACAACCAUGUCUCCUACAGGUUUGGCACCAUUCUCUCUGUCAGUAUGAGUAAUUUAGAUCAUACUGAUGUAUAUCGUUUUUGUUCUUCGUCUGCCUGCAACUUUGUCUUAUGCUUCCUUAUUACCACUCUGCCACAUCCCAACUAUCAUGGUGUUAGAAAUGGGGCCGUCAAUAUAGCGGAAACUCUAUCACAAGUCCAAUAUGACCCAGGUUAAAGGGAAACUACAGUGCCAGGAAAACAAUCUGUUUUCCUGGCACUGCAGGUCCCCUCUCCCUCCCACCCCCCAACCCCGGUUGCUGAAGGUGUGAAAACCCCUUCAAUAACUUACCAGAGGCUGUCCCACGUCGCUGCUUCUUCCUCUGCCGCCACUCCUCCCUGUGAUUGCGUUGGCCAGUGGGCGAGACUGAUCCCGCCCACCAGCUGGGGAGACCUAACGCGCAUGCGCAUUAGCGCACCCCAUAAGAAAGCAUUGAAAAUGAUUUUCAAUGCUUUCCUAUGGGGAAAUGAGUGACGCUGGAGGUCCUCACACAGCGUGAGGACGUCCAGCGACGCUCUAGCACAGGUUUCCUGUGCUAGGGACACGGAAGUGCCCUCUGGUGGCUGUCUAGUAGACAGCCACUAGAGGUGGAGUUAACCCUGCAAGGUAAUUAUGCAGUUUAUAAAAACUGCAAUAAUUACACUUGCAGGAUUAAGAGUAGUGGGAUUUGGAACCCAGACCACUCCAAUGGGCAGAAGUGGUCUGGGUACCUGGAGUGUCCCUUUAACCUACUGUCAUUAAAUGUGACAGGCCUCAAUACCCCAGAAAAGCGUUUCAUGUUAACACAAGAAUUAGACAGGCUAGAAAGCUGAUGUUAUGUUUAUCCAAGACACCCAUUAUAAGUGAGAAUUUCAACCUAGACUCAGAUCCAAAUAUAUUCACCAGACAUAUUACAGCAACUAGAGCAAGGGGAAGUCAAGGGGAGUAGCCAUACUAAUGUCGUCACGCAUUGCCUUUACAGAGCUGGCGAAUGUAUAUGCUCUGAAUUCUGGUCAAAUUGCCUUUACUCGCUCAUGCCUGAGGAAAUUGAGAGGGUUUUGCGGAGGUGAUUCUUAUAGUGAGGGACGAUUGGAAUAUGGUGCUUGAUCAUGCGGUAGACCAAUUGACCAUCCAAGGCAAAAGACACUAAGUCACCCCAGUGAUCACUGAUUCACAACACCCUACACUCAGCAACAACAAGUUAUGGACUGCUGGAGACUGAUGCACCCACAGGACAGGGAUUACACAUUCUACUCCCCUGUAGCCGUCAGUUACUCCAGAAUAGAUAUGUUCCUUAUAGGCCACAGACAUUUGGUAAGGGAAGCAUCCAUAGGCAAAAUCACUUGGACCGACCACGCCCCUAUAUUCCUGACUAUAAACACUGGUGACACUAGAUGCAACACCAACUGGUGCCUGAACUAGACUUUCCUAGAUGACCCUCGGGUAGUGGAAGAUCUCCACACAACAGGUAUUUUGAAGAUUUGAAGAAAAGAAAUAUAAGUGGAGCUUUAAAGUACCUGGAUAAAUGACAAAUGUAUUCAAUGGUAUUCCUUCACAGUAAUCUGAAAAUAAUAUACAAUAUACACAUAGUGCAGAUGGUAUGAACUAUGUAGAAAAGUAUACUAGGAAUAAGUGGUAAUUCACAACUCACAAGAGUAGAGCCAACUGGUCACCUGGCUCUAGUGUGUAGCGCUCUGUGAUCUUUUAGGGGAGAUCAACCACCCACUUUGAUGUAUAUCCUUCUGGUUUCUUCCUCCUUUACAUAUAUAGAGCAGACAGGAAGGUUCCAAAUAGCAAGAAAAGACAUAUAAAAUAUAUCCUUCAUUAACCUGGACCUUAAGCUACCACUAAACUCAUAGCCAAUAGGCUCAAGCCCCUCCUGCCUGGACUGAUCAACCCUGACCAAGCUGGGUUUGUGCCGGGCCGUGAAGCCAGGGACAAUACUACCAAAAUCAUGAGCAUACUCCAUGGGGCGACCACAACCAAAACACCAACGCUACUACUGGCGAUCGAUGCCGAGACGGCUUUUGACAUGGUAGAUGGGUCCAAUCUCUUUACUACACUGGAGGCAUUGGGGCUUGGGCCGAAGCUGCUAAACUGGAUCUAGGCACUGUAUAGAGGAUCUGCGGCCAGUGUUGGUGUUAAUGGACAACAGUACAGUCCCUUCGUAAUUAGUAAUGGCACGCGCCAGGGCUGCCCCUUUUCCCCUCUCUUGUUUGUCCUUGCCAUGGAACCUUUCCCAACGGCACUUCCGAACAAUAGCAAGAUGCGGGUAUGCAGUUACCCGGGGGGAAGGUUAAGGUCUCUGCCUUUGCGGAUGAUGUCUUACUCACAUUCACCGACCAAUUGCGCACUCUACCGCCAGUUCAAACGGAAAUAGAGAAAUUUGUAAACCUGCCAAAUUUUAAAAUCAACGCAGACAAAUGCGUAAUUUUGGGGGUUUCGGUACCAUCAAAAUGGUGAGCACACAUCCAAGAAAUACAUAUUCAAGUGGAAGGAUACAGGUCUCUCCUAUGUAGGGAUCCGCCUAGCCACAACAUCCUCAGAUCAAUAUAAGCUACACUCCUCUAAUGGAGGAAAUUAAAAGAGACCUAAAAAAAUGUGACUUACCCUAUUUCUCUCUCAUGGGAAGGAUCAACAUCUUGAAAAUGAUGAUCCUCCCUAGGGUGCUAUAUUUGUUCCAGGCCCUCCCAAUCCCCCUACCCACCACAUUCUUGAGCACCAUGCAAACAGCAUUCAUAUCCUACAUAUGGGGCAACAAAGUUCCACGUCUAACCUAUAACACAGAGGGGGUCUUGGCCUUUCGCAUUUGUACAGAUACUAUGUGGCGGUCCUGCUCACAAGAAUAACAGAAUGGACAGCCACAGACAAGAAAAAAUCUUGGUACGCCCUCAAACAGAGUUAUGCAAAGGCACCCCUGUACUCAUUCCCAUGGAAAACAUGCAAUAUUUGUGUCCUCACCCCCACUGUCCACCCUAUCAUAUCGCACACAUUACGAACAUGGAGAAGGCACAAAAACACAUGGAACCUGGCACCAGGGAUAUCUUCCCUCUUUCCCCUAGCAAACAACCCUGACUUUCAAAAUGGGCAGCACAAUACUAUCCCAACUGACGGCGGAACCAAAUGAAGACAUAACCCAAGUACUGACAGAGGAAGACCCACCCAGACUAAAGUAUUUCCAUAGACCGAAUAUGGAUAUAACACUGCUAGAUUUCCUGGGGGUAGCCCAACUGAGAGACUUACACAAAUCGGUUCUGCCAAUCGGGCUAGACUAGAAACAAACCCCCCUUUGAGCUCAUAUGUGGCACAGGGCAGGACCACAUGCAUACUCUGUCAAAAAAUCUACCAAACAAGCUCUGUAGAACAGCAAGAGGUCUUAUUCCAACAAAAAUGGAUGAGAGGUCUACAUAUCCAUGUGUCCAAUCAAGAUUGGACGCACCUGCUUGAGGCAGGGAUCAAAGCCCCCGUCAGUAAUUCCAGGAAGGAGGCCUUCUACAAGAAGGUCACCAGAUGGUACAGAACCCCUGUACAGCUCCAUACUUACUGGCCUGCAGUGAGUGAUAAAUGUUGGAGAUGCAAUGGGGAACAGAGAGAUAUGGAGCAUAUCUGGUGGCUGUGCCAGGAUAUCACCCCAUUUUGGCAGCAGGUAUUAGCAGACAUUACACUGAAACCCAAACAACAAAUACUAAUAAUUGUAGCCUCACAUACUGACAUACAUACAGAUACAUACAUACAAACACAUACAUACAAACACAUACAUACUGGCACACAUACAAACACAUACAUACAGAUACAUACAUACACACAGACAGACACAUACAUACACACACACAGUGCUAAGUGCUAUGUUUGGAGAGGGCUCAAUAAGGCCUAUGGUAAAAUAAUACCAUCCCAACUGUGAAGCAUGGAGGUGGGUUACUAAUGUUUUGGGGCGGUGUGAGAUCUAAAGGCACGAGGAAAAUACUGGCAGACAAUUGCAUUCUUCUGCACGAAGGCUGCGCAACAGACGCUCUUGGACUUUCCAGCAUGACAAUGAUCCUAAGCACAAGGCCAAGUUGACCCUCCAGUGGUUACAGCAGAAAAAUGUGAAGGUUCUGGAGUGGCCAUCACAGUCACUUGACCUUAAUAUCACUGAGCCACUCUGGGGAGAUCUCAAACGUGUAGUUCAUGCAAGACUACCAAAGAAUGGGCAGCUAUACCACCUGCAAGAAUUAGGGGCCUCAUAAACAACUUUUACAAAAGACUGCAUGCUGUCAUUGAUGCUGAAGGGGGGAAUGCACAGUAUUAAGAACUAAGUGUAGGCAGACUUGUGAACCGGGUCAUUUCAUUUUUUUCUUUGUUGCCGUGUUUUGUUUUCACCUACAGUUGAAUAUGAAUCCCAUUGGAAAUAAAAUAAAUGUUUGCCUGCUCACUCAUAUUUUCUUUAAAUAUGGUACAUAUAUUACCAAUUUUUCAAGGGUAUUCAAAUUUGUGAGCACAACUGUAUGCCCAAACACAUAUCUUAAGGACUGUUAAUAAAAUUAUAUGUACUAGACAAUGUGAUCAGUGCAUUUAAUUAAAAAGUAAAUGUAAAUCUACUAAUAUAAAAAAAAAAUGAUAUUAUUUUAUGUUAUUAUCUUAAAAUGUCCUAGUCUUUGAAUUACAUCAAAGUAUUUCAGUACUUGUAGAGACAAACAUAUUUAGAUUAAUGGCAUAUAAAUGUAAUAUGUGCACCUUUAGGUCUUGCAUGUAGUUGCAACACAUCCACAUGCACACAUACCCACUGGAAACUUUAUCUACCAACAAACUAGUUCUGGGCAAGACCCUCUUUUGCCUCCAGAAAAGCCCAAGUAAUUGCAGCAUGCAUACAGUAAUGUGCUGGAAAAAAUCUGUAAGAAUGUUUGUACUUGCUAAUUUAGUAGCAAAAUCUAGUUCUUAAAUGUUAUUGGCCACACAGUUAUAUCAAGACUAUCCCAUUUCAUCUUAACCAUAAGAUGCUAGAUUGAAUUAACUGUGGGUAUUAUACGAGUCAAUGAAGUAAACUGAAACCACAGAGACUAUGUGGCUGUGAUAAAUGAUUCACAUUUGAUAUUAACAGGCCUAACUCUACAUUUGACACAAGACAAGAUUGGUCCAUGAAUUCGUGAGGUGUCAUGACCCUAUUGUCUGCAUUUUACUGUAUACAUCUAUGAUGAUAGGAUUGAAUUAGCAUGUGAUAUAAAUUUUGCCCAAGACAAAUUUCAAAUUAGCCCUACUUUAAAGGAACAGUUUUGGGCACCAUAACAACUUCAUCAAAAUGCAACCAGGAGGUCCCUGGCACUUGGCUUACCUUUAGGGGUUAAACUGUUCACAAACCAAGUCUCUUCUCCAGUGCCAUAUUGUUCUGCCCCCUCCACAUCCAAUUUGUCAAAAUCUUCAGAACAGAAGCCUGGGGAAGCAGCUAGAGUGGGGGGCAGCUGAUUGGCUUAGAGUAGUCAGUUGAAACUCUAAGCCAGGUGUCCUCAAACCUUUGAAACAGGGGGCCAGUUCACUGUCCCUCAGACACUGUUGGGGGCCGGACUAUAGUUUGAAAAAAUUUGAACGCAUUACUAUACAUACUGAAACAGACACAUAGACAUAUACAGACACACAGACACAUACUAACAUACAUACAGACACAAACACGCUUAAGGACAUACAUACACACAUAAAAAUACAUACAUACUGACAUACAUACACACACACAUACUGACAGACAUACAUACAUACUGACAGACAAACAUACAUACAGACAUACAUACUGACAUACAUAGACAGACAUAUACAUACUGACAUACAUACACAUACAUACAUACAUACACACACAUAAACAUACAUACAUAGUGAGAUACAUACAGACAGACAUACACAUACAUAUACAAACAGACAGACACAUACAUACAGCAGCGCUGACCAGGCCCCUGAAGAUAUAGGGCCCAUCGGGUGGCCCUAAAUGCUCGCGGGCCAUAGUUCGAGGACCCCUGCUCUAAGCCAAUCAAUAGCUCCCUUUUUGUAAAAAAAAAAGUUUGAAAAAAGUACGUAAAAUGUUGGCCUGUUGCUGGUUGAUGAAUAUUUUUUGUUUAAUACACAGUUAUCUAAACUCGCAGGAUAAUAGAGGUGAAGCAUCACAUUUAGCAACAACAAUUGUACCACCAUCAAACUCACUUGGCAAAUAUGUAUUUACUGAAGUUUAACAUUAUGAACUACUGAAUUCAAUGUGACAAUUUGACUCUCUCUGAAAGAUUUAUUUUGGCCCUGGUAAAUUAAAUUUACAUACCAGGUGAUAUUUAGUGAAAGAACAAGUUGAUUUGCAUGCUUAUUUGCACAAUGAUCUCAUUGGAAUAUUGCAAGGGUCUUCUUUGGUUUCUCUAGCUGACUGGAAAGAACAUUAAUGUGUAACUAGUUUCUCCAAAUUUAACCCAAUAAACUAGAACCUAAGUCCAGCAAAAACAAUUCUCUAAAAUCAGAAAGCAUUGCAUUACAAGCCAGCUCGUAAGCAUAAAUCAAACUACAGCAAGGAAUUUGCCAUUGUUCUUAGGGAAAACACAAAAGGCCACCUCUUCCCUGAACAGAGAAUUUUAAAUAAUGGAAAUAUGUGCAUCAAAUAUUGUGUCCCCAAAAUGUGUAUGCGUGAGGAUGCUGGAUUGAUAGAUGCAUCAAUUUGUUCAGAUGCAGAAUGACAUAGCCAUCAUUUAUAUAAGUAAGGUAUAUGGUGGAGCGUUCUGCAUCAUUAUUUUUGGAGAAGGGACACAGUGACACAUCAUUUCAGAGCAAUAUGACGCACAACGCUGGUAGGUAAUCUGACACAUACACCGUAUCAGUCACCUUCCAUAUAUAUAUAUAUAUAUAUAUAUAUAUAUAUAUUUAUAUUAUAACUCCCUAUCAGCAUGCUAAAAGUAUCUCCUUGUAUUCAGGCACAUCCAAAAAUCACCAAAUAUAUCCCUUAGCUGGGGCUGAGCACCCUGAUUUUUUUAUUUGAUCAUUUUUGACCUGAUAUCAAUAGUUCUGAUAAAUUGUGUUGAUCUUUUGGAAAAAUGCUAUAACUUGUAUUAAAUUUAAACAAUCUUUAGUGGUAAAUUGUUGUUUUCUUCAGAUGAUUGUUAGUUUUGAUUCAUGUUUGUGAUUUGUAUCGUGUUUCUUUUAGUAUUUAAUUUGCAACAUUCUUAAUGUUAUUUUCCCCACAAUUUUGAUAGAUUUGCAACAGUUUAGAACAUAUACAACAUUCAUGCAUGAUAUACAGUAUAUCUGAUAGCUAACUUAGUAGACUGUUGUUUUAGAACCCUUUCAAAUGUGUGCUACUUCAUUCGUUAUUUCAUUCGUUAUUUCAUACUGAAUUUCAGCUAACAUCUCUUUCAGAGCCAUGUCCGUAAUGGCAUGUUGGCUGGAGGGGUUGCUAUAGGAUAUUCAGCUUUCAUGCUUCAGUAUCCUUGGAUUGCUAUGACCAUAGGAUUCUUUGCAGGGUUAACUUCAGCAAUUAGUCUCACAUACUUCCAGGUAAUGUAUAUCAAUUUUCUACUUCAUUCAUUAAAUGUAUAUACUGUUAUUUUUUAAUUAACCAAUGUCCACCCCAAAAUAAGUCCCAUCUCACCUAUACUACAAUAUUGAGUAUCCUAAGAUUUUCAAAUUCUGUUUUCAUUUCAUUGCAAUACACUUAUUAACCAAACUGCUAUUAGAAAACAAGCUCCCACUUUACACAUAAUUUUACACACACAAGCUAUUUUCACAAGAAUUGUAAGAAACAAAAAAUGACUGGCCUACACUCAUUAACCACAACAUUAAAACCACUGACAGGUGAAGUAAAUAACAUUGAUAUCAUUAUAAUAGCACAAGAGGUGGGAUAUGUUAAGCAGCAAGUGAACAGUCAGUUCUUGAAUUUCAUGUGUUGGAAGCAGGUAAAAUGGGCAAACAAAAAGAUCUGAGUGAUUUUGACAAGGGCCAAAUACUGAUGGCUAGAUAACUGGGUCAGAAAAUCUCCAACAGCAAGCCUUCUGGAAUGUUUGUGGUAUGCUGUAGUUAGUACCUACCAAAAGUGGUGCAAGCUAGGGUUGGUCUGUGUAUAAAAGGGGGACCACACAUCAUCCAUUUGGGAAAUGAACAAGGGGGCACAGACAAGCGAACUGCGAGGGAAUGAGUCUGCUACACAAAUUGCUGAAAAACUUAAUGCUGUCCAUGCAGUGUGUGGUCAGAGUGUCCAUGAUGACCCCUGUCCACUGCAAAAAGCAUUUUCAAUGGGAAAUGCAAAGUAAGAAAGUUGCCUGGUCUGAUGGAUCACAUUUUCUUUUCAAUCACAUUUUCUUUUAGAUGGCUGAGUGCAUGUGCAUCAUUUACCUGGGGAAGAGAUAGCAGGGAAGAGAUAGCAGGAGAAUACAAUGGGAAGUAAAAAGAGGGAAAUUUGCCGUUCUCAGCAGUGGUACUGCCAUAAAGACCAAGAUGUUUAAAAACAGUUUACAGUUUAAAGACAACUUAAAAUCACUUUUCUCAGCAAACAAAUAUGGGAAUUAAGCUCCAGCAUAUGGCUAUAUCAUGUUAAGCCCACCACUAUGCCACAGUACCCCAAUAUCAGCGGGUCCUACACAAUCUUAACAUGGCAAACAAAUUAUAUAGUGCUAGUGCUAAAAUAACUAAAUUGUAUUUAGUUAAUCUUUUGUAGGAGCAUCGUGAAUAUAUACAUUAUGCAAAAUUACAAACAAUUAAAAAAAAAAAAAAACAGUGUCGUUACUAAAUAGUUUCCCCUGAUGGCAGUUGCCUUUUUCAGGAGUAUAAUGUACCCUGCCACACUGUAAAAAUUGUUUCAGCUAGUCCACCUGAUCGAACGCCUUUCUAGCGUCUGUGGAUAGGAAAAGUGAGGGAUGCCCAGAAUGUUUUGCAGCAGCUAAAGCAGGUUGACUACCCUAGUCGUAUUUUCUUUGGCCUCCCUAGAUGGAAUAAAGCCCACCUGAUCGGAAUGGACCAGCCCCCUCCCCCCUCCAUGAGAGGUCCCAGUCUGCUGGUCCAGUAUGGAUGUAAACAAUAUUUGAGUUGUUAUUUAAUAGCGAUAUGGGGCGGUAGCUUCCACACCAUUACGGGUCUUUACCUGGCUUUGCAAUGAGGGUAAUCUAUACUUCUAAUGUUUGUGGUGACAUAGGGUGCCCCUGAGUGAAAGCGUUGAAGGCGCGAAGAAAGUAUGGUGCGAGUGUGGGGAGAAAUUGCUUGUAAUACCCAGUGGUGAGGCCAUCUAGUCGAGGGCUCUUAUUCAGGGGUGAUUGACAGCUGCGGUAAGUUCGUCUUUCAUGAUGGGGUUAUCUAGUGAGUCGGCCAUGUCUGUCUAUUGUUGUUUUUAAGAGGGCAUUCAGAUAUUGUGUGAGGGGGCUGUCUGGGAUCCAGUCUGUGUCAUUAUUUGAAGGAAUAUUAUAUAAUUUAGUGUAGAAUUUGUAGAAUUCUGUAGCAAUUUCCUCUGAUUUGUGUGCCAGUUGUCCGUCUGUGCUCCGAAUUUUAGAGAGAAAAGUAGAAGUCCGUGCCUAGGGAGUACAAGGGUAACCCGCUAUGCUGCAUCCUGCGGGUUCAGUAUCAGACCAUUAGGUUACCUGGAUACCAAUUCUGAUCAGGCCUAGGUAUUCCACCCUGACCUGUGUCAAGGUGGUACUGUAUUCCAUCUCUCACGCUGGGGCCUCGGUGGGCUGGCUUGGGCCUGGAUGUUGCCAUGCCAUGCGUGGAUUUCAGGUACCUGUAGUUUUAACUUGGACGUCAAUUCUGGUAUAUCCUUGGGGCAUGUGACUGUGUAAAUCACUCUGUCAUGUUGAAUUGCCAGGCUGAGUGGGAAGCCCCAUCUGUAUUUCAGGCCCUUUGCUGAGAGAGCUUCAGUAAGGUGCUUUAGCUGCCUUCUGGCAUGGAGAGUAGACCAGGCUAGGUCUUGAUAUAUCUCAAUAGUGUGAUUUUUAUAUGUUAUGGGCGCAGCAGCCUGCAAGCUUUACGAGGUAGAUCUUCCUUGUAUGCAUAGUAGUGAAGCCGGCAAAUGAUAUCUCUCGGCGAGUCUUAGGGCGAGACUUACGUCUUAAUAUGCGGUGAGCUCUAUCAAUGGUGACUGCAGCAUCUUCGGGCUUGCCCAAAAUGUGGUUAAAGAUACCAGUUAAGAUGGUAAUGGCAUUUUCAGGGCUGGUGGAUUCCGGGACCCCACUUAUGUGCAGAUUGCUCCAACUCCUCCUGUUAUCCAGGUCCUCCACAUAACGAUUGAGAAGAGCCAACUGUCCCUGCUGCCAAAAGCUGGUCUACCUCAGUGAGGGUCAGUUCAUGCUCAUCCUCCAAGUCAGUGACCCUGGCUCCUAUCUUCUCCAUAUCUCCACGGGCAGGGCAUAAUUGUAAUGACAUCCAUGCUUGGUCCCUUUUUGACAGUGUCAUGAAAGGGAAGGGGCAUAGUCAUUAUCACAUAAAGCCAGGGUGAAUAGUGUUUUCACAACUAUGCUGUCAGGAAUACAUGUUUCUGACACUUAAGCAAAUUAAAGGAACAUUCUGGACACCAUAACAACGUCAUCUAAAUUAAAAUGCUAUGAUGCCAGGACGCCCCUGGGUGCCCUCUUUCCUUUAAGGGGUUAAACUGCUCUCAAAUGAUUUAACCCCAAAGGCUUCCUUUACCUCCAGAUCUCCAGGUAUUCGGCUUCUGAAACGGAGUGUCAGGAAGUGCAGAUUGACGUCAGGCAUGGGUGCCGCUGACUGACUAGAGUCAGUUGACGCUCUAAGCCAAUCGCUAAUUCCCGUUUCCUAAAAAUGUUUUACUUUUUUAUGAAUGGGGAGCUACUGAUUCGCUUAGAGUGCCAGAAUUUUGGAUUCGGAGCGGGCGGUGCUUUCUCUGCCAAGAAACACUUCAUUUGCGCCUGAUUAUCACUCACCAGGCGUUUUGGUUGCGAUAAGGCAGAUUGGACCAAUGUCGGCUGUCGUUUAUUGGGCAUUGGCCAAAUUUCUGUUUUGUUGGAUUGCUUAUUGCCUCGUGUCACGGAGCUCAAGCCUUACGCGGUCAUCUUGGUCACACCCCCUCUCCAAAUUAAUUUAUCGGCGACGAUAUCUUUACCAACUUAGCGGAUUCCCUGGAUAUGGAAGCGAGCGGUGGCAUUCGAUCACUGCUUCUUUAGUUCACUGAAUGAGCUGGUUGUCAGAAGACAAUAUUCAGUGCACCUGUGUGCAUUGGAUGUGUAUGCACAUUACACAUUAUAUAGCAUAUUCAGCUCUGAACCCAGGGCAAAUACCAGACCAAAAUGGCACUGGCACCCACAAUAUAAGAAAGAGUCAUAGGCAGAUUUCCUAAAAUUCAUGGGCAUUAUUUCACAUCAACAUUAAUGCAGCCAUGGAUAAAAAAAUAUGAUUGGCUGUUGGGUUACUUAUUAGCAGGAACCAAGGACCACCAAAAUUAUAUAAUAUGAAUUUAUUUUGCAGAGAACAUUGAAUGCUGUUUCGUUAGUACAUGACACAUGUGGAGUUCAUUACAUUUUUGGGUUACCUGGUUUGCUUGGAGGGAUUGCCUACUCACUUCUAGUCAUAACUGCAGAUUACAACAGCAUUGAAAUGUAAGUAAAAUCAAUUAUUAUUUUGCAUAUACGCUUGGGAAUGAGUAGGAAAGAGUUGUACCAGCUUCUACCACAAUUAUAAAUUAGAUUAUUUCGUUUUUUAUUGUAACUGCUUAAAGUUUCUGUUGUUAAAAAAAAAUCAGGUGACAGAACUACUUUAACACAGAUUAGUGCACACUUAUACUUAAUAUUUAUUCUUAUCAAAUCAAGUUUCUGUGUAUGCCACGUUUUACACUUUUUCAGCAAGUAGGUAUCCAUUUUCUGGCCCGCAACCAACCACAACCUGAAAUACAGGGAGUGCAGAAUUAUUAGGCAAAUGAGUAUUUUGACCACAUCAUCCUCUUUAUGCAUGUUGUCUUACUCCAAGCUGUAUAGGCUCGAAAGCCUACUACCAAUUAAGCAUAUUAGGUGAUGUGCAUCUCUGUAAUGAGAAGGGGUGUGGUCUAAUGACAUCAACACCCUAUAUCAGGUGUGCAUAAUUAUUAGGCAACUUCCUUUCCUUUGGCAAAAUGGGUCAAAGAAGGACUUGACAGGCUCAGAAAAGUCAAAAAUAGUGAGAUAUCUUGCAGAGGGAUGCAGCACUCUUAAAAUUGCAAAGCUUCUGAAGCGUGAUCAUCGAACAAUCAAGCGUUUCAUUCAAAAUAGUAAACAGGGUCGCAAGAAGCGUGUGGAAAAACCAAGGCGCAAAAUAACUGCCCAUGAACUGAGAAAAGUCAAGCGUGCAGCUGCCACGAUGCCACUUGCCACCAGUUUGGCCAUAUUUCAGAGCUGCAACAUCACUGGAGUGCCCAAAAGCACAAGGUGUGCAAUACUCAGAGACAUGGCCAAGGUAAGAAAGGCUGAAAGACGACCACCACUGAACAAGACACACAAGCUGAAACGUCAAGACUGGGCCAAGAAAUAUCUCAAGACUGAUUUUUCUAAGGUUUUAUGGACUGAUGAAAUGAGAGUGAGUCUUGAUGGGCCAGAUGGAUGGGCCCGUGGCUGGAUUGGUAAAGGGCAGAGAGCUCCAGUCCGACUCAGACGCCAGCAAGGUGGAGGUGGAGUACUGGUUUGGGCUGGUAUCAUCAAAGAUGAGCUUGUGGGGCCUUUUCGGGUUGAGGAUGGAGUCAAGCUCAACUCCCAGUCCUACUGCCAGUUCCUGGAAGACACCUUCUUCAAGCAGUGGUACAGGAAGAAGUCUGCAUCCUUCAAGAAAAACAUGAUUUUCAUGCAGGACAAUGCUCCAUCACACGCGUCCAAGUACUCCACAGCGUGGCUGGCAAGAAAGGGUAUAAAAGAAGAAAAUCUAAUGACAUGGCCUCCUUGUUCACCUGAUCUGAACCCCAUUGAGAACCUGUGGUCCAUCAUCAAAUGUGAGAUUUACAAGGAGGGAAAACAGUACACCUCUCUGAACAGUGUCUGGGAGGCUGUGGUUGCUGCUGCACGCAAUGUUGAUGGUGAACAGAUCAAAACACUGACAGAAACCAUGGUGGCAGGCUUUUGACCUUGCAAAAAGGUGGAUAUAUUGGUCACUGAUUUGUUUUUGUUGUUUUUGAAUCAGAAAUGUAUAUUUGUGAAUGUUGAUGAUGUUACUAUAUUGGUUUCACUUGGUUUCAAUAAUAAAUAAUUGAAAUGGGUAUAUAUUUGUUUUUUGUUAAGUUGCCUAAUAAUUAUGCACAGUAAUAGUCACCUGCACACACAGAUAUCCCCCUAACAUAGCUAAAACUAAAAACAAACUAAAAACUACUUCCAAAAAUAUUCAGCUUUGAUAUUAAUGAGUUUUUUGGGUUCAUUGAGAACAUGGUUGUUGUUCAAUAAUAAAAUUAAUCCUCAAAAAUACAACUUGCCUAAUAAUUCUGCACUCCCUGUAAUCACAGUGGAGCUGAUAAUUUUUCAGCUUUUCACUUGUUAGAGGAAAUAGUCUGAAAACAUUAAUGAUCCUGACUGUCGGUUUUGCCAAAAGGAUGCCUUGAUGAGCUGGAAAAAGCUUUCAUGAACUACAAUGAUGUUUUGACUGUGCCACAAGUUGUUAGUAAGCUUUAGAGAAUGCUUGAAACCAGGUUGGGAUUUUAUUUUGGGACAUUAAAACCAAAAAGUUAAAAAUAUUUAGCUACCAAGUGAUGAUUUGCCAAGUCACGGAACACUUAAAGCACCAUGACCAAUGUAGUAUAAAUAUAUAAACGUGUAUAAAAAUGUAUAAAUAGUCAAAACAUUUUAGAAUGGUUCCACCAGGUGCUGCCCCCUUCCUCUACUAAAUCUGCCUGACAGCCAGAAGCUUCUGCUUAGGAGCUUCUGUUCGCUGUCCUUAGUUUAACGCUGCUGAUCACUCUCAACUGAACUCUCAAUUUCAACAAUUAUUUUCUGACUUUCACCACAUAUAUUGAUUUCACAUAGCAUACAUGACAUGGGAUGGGGUCUCUUGCGAUCAAAAUGGAGUUUGCAUUGUUAGUUAGCAUAACUGAUAAAUACUAGAAUGGAAAUGUAUUACAAGUGCUUAAAUGUGUGAUAAUGGAAAUGUUUUUUUUAGGUUUUGGGAGGGAUUACAUUUAGGGUUGGGCAUAAGGGAUGUUAAGGGCAUAUGACGUUUGAAGGGUUAUUUGUAAAGUACAAAUUUCUGUAUUCCAGUCAGCCUUCUAUGAUUGAUAACAGAGUUAAAUGAGCUGUUAUACUGUGUGUAUCACUCAGUGCUGUUCCUGCUCCUCCUGCCAGGCAUGUCCUGUGUGAGAGGCUGUGAGUGGGCAGAUGGGAAGUGAUCCCUUCCACCUCCUGUCCAGCCUCACACACAGACACAGGAGGAGCUGGAACAGCACUGAGUUUUACACCUGCUAUAACUGUUCCUGCAGGUCUAGUAUCAAUCAUAGGAGGAUAACUGGACUAUAAGGGAUACAGGCCACGGCCCCUGGUACUUAUCUCUUUCCAUCUGCCAAUUUGAGCUCCAAAUAUUCACAUUAUAAGUACAAACUAAAAGGCUACCCCUAGUGGACAGGUGCCUACUCCGCCUAACAUAAAAUAUGACCUUGCUGUCGGCUGUAGUUAGGUAAGAAUUCAAACCAUUCUUAAACGGUUUGACAACUUAGAAUGGAUCUGUGUCAAGGCACUCCUGGCACCAUAAUCACUACAGCACGGUGAAGUGUUUAUGGUGCGUUGAGCGCUCCUUUAAUAUUAAACUUGGCAAGAUAGAGCAUUGGCUUUUCCAACCGCAAAAUCAAGUGUCAAAUUUGUUAACAUGGGAACUGCAUAAAGCCUUCAGGGCAAAAACAGAAAUGUUUCUGAUCUCUCACAAUGUUUCAAGUCUAUCACUCUUAGGAAGUAUGCCUUAUUGACUUUGGUAGUGCUAUACUGAACAUAGUAAAAGCAUAUUUUCUCUAUUGUUUACCAUGCGGACAUUUAUAAUUGCCUGAGUGACGAUAAAAAACAUAUAAUAAUGAAGAUACCCUUCAUGACAAGGUUCUUCUAUACACGUGCGGGUUAUUCAUUACACAGUGAGUUAUGCAGAGUUGACAAUAAUUUUGACCAAAGUUGGCAAGAUGGGAACUUUUUCCAAGUCUGUAAUCUUGGCCUAGGUAGGAUUUGUAAUUUAGUUGCCAAAUCAGCAUAACUCACUGUUAAUUGAAUAAAGUACAUAGACAGGCAUAAUGUUGGCCAGGCUUUUAUUAGACCUUUUAAUACUGGUGACAUCUAUCAUACUUUCUGUUGAAUGAAUCACCCCAGGCUAUGCUGAGCUAAAAUACAGGGAUUACAUAAAUUAUUUGCUAGCAAGUGGUAUAUUUGUCAGUCUGUGCAAAAUGUAUAGAAAAUGAAUAUCUGAAAAGAUAUACUUUCCUUAAAGUGGCAAUGCUGGCUGGAGUUGACAAAUUAUUUUUUAAAUGUAUUUUAUUAAUGAUACUUUGAAAACAACACAUAAGAAAACAAAAUAGGUUUGUUAAGCCCUCUCCAUCAAUUCAGUCACUUGUUCUCGGAAGGACUGCUGUAAAGUAUGUUUAAAGACAUUUGCACCACAUUUGGAGUAAAAUAUAGGGCAUUUAAAUCCAGUUAUAAGUACUUCAGCAAAGCUCAGCAUAUGUGCAGCCCUCUUUACGGUCCUGCAUGUUAUGGAGUCGUUGGCCCUGUCUCUGCCCAAUCUUCUCUCUCCAGAGAGAACACAUAUCAAUCAUGGCAGAUCUGACAAUAUCAGUAUAUUUAACAUUCUGUAGUAUGAGGAACUUUGAGUUGUACUUCAGUGAAUGUUUUCUACUAUAAAAAAAAAAAACCCAAAACUAUAAAAGUAAAAUACAAACCCAGAAACUUUGACAUCAAGAAAGUUUUGACAUCAUGCACACCAGUAUUUCUGGAACAAGAGAAAAAAUGCUGCUAGUUGGGAGGGAUAGUAAUAAAGGAGCACAUGUGAAGCAAAACUAAUCAUUUUUUUAAACCUCUUAAAAGACCGCUCCUCACCCAUAAAGCACUUCAUCAGAGUAUCCCAUUAAAAAACACUUUAUAAAAGUUGAUACUUAUAUUAUUAAACAGGGGAACACCCCGACUGUCAGACAGCCACGGACAUGUCUUCCAGUCAUAAGAAUUCAUAGGGGGUAUACCUACUAAACAGUGAAUUCAACCUCCACCUCAUCCCCCCUGUUUUUGACUGUAGAGCGGUCCUUUAGGAAGUUAAAAAUAAAUAAAUAAAUAAAUAAAUAAAACAGAAUAUGUAAGUAGGAUCUAACCUACAUAUCACAUCUAACAUGCAGGGGCUAGCAGAGUCCCUUUAUAUUUGUUUCAUCACUUGUGUUGCAGGUGCAUAUGCAUAAUAUUCGUGGAUCAAUUACAGGAUGCCUAUCACAUGGUUAAUAAUGUGUCAUUUUGCAUGUUUUGCAUGGCAGGUGUACUUUUAAUAUUUGGGUCACUGGCAUUGUCUUCCUCUCACAUACUGCCACAAGGGAUUUUCUUUUUUCUUUUUUUCCUUUGGCAUUCUUUAAUUUAUUAUGGUAUACACAUUAUACAAAAUUGUAAAUGGAAAGGCAACCAGACAAGCCCCGCUUUCAGUGUAAUAUUACACAUGUAAAGUGCUGGUGUUGAACUAUGCAAUCAUGAAUAGUACAGGAACGACAGAUUCACUUCACAACCAGCAUCUUGAGGGUAUAGAAACCUGAACAAGGAACAAGGGGUAUUUAUAAUAGCAUAUGGACCUGUGUAAAAUAUGUGAUAGAACAGAAAGAUAAUCUAAUAAGGCGUAGUUUAAUUAAUUAGGUCACUUCAGAGGUAAUGGAUCAUUCAUCAUUAGAGAUGUCGCGAACUGUCCGCCGAACUGUUCGCGAACUGUCCGCCGGCGAACAAUAGCGUGUUCGCGUUGGGCGAACAUAUCCGAUUUCCGGUCCGCCCCCUAUACGUCAUCAUUGAGUAAACUUUGACCCGGAACCUCACAGCCAGCAGACACAUUCCACCCAAUCAGCAGCAGACCCUCCCUCCCAGGAAGUGUCUGCUGACUGUGAGGUUCCGGGUCAAAGUUUACUCAAUGAUGACGUAUAGGGGGCGGACCGGAAAUCGGAUAUGUUUGCCCAACGCGAACACGCUAUUGUUCGCCAGCGGACAGUUCGCGAACAGUUCGCGACAUCUCUAUUCAUCAUCAUAGUAGAUAAUAUUAGUAACUUAAUGAAUACUUGAAAAUCCAGAGAUCAUAUUAUGACUGGCUCAUGUCUAGCUAUCUUAUAUAUUUACAAGACUGUCAGUGAUAAAAUAUGUUUGUAAUAUAUGUCAAAUAUGUUUUUAACUCUCUUGUUCUUUAGACUGGGUUACCAAGCAAUUGUUGGCAUUGGCUGUAUCCUUCUAACACUGGCUGUAAGUCUUGUCAGUGGACUCCUAACAGGUCAGUAUAAUUAAAGGUCUUAGAAUUGCACUUUGAAAUGGUUUUUGAUUGAUAUUUAGACUACACAAAUGGCACAAUUCUUCAAACUGAAAAUUAUCUCAGUGACCAUAGCAGUCUUAAUUUUAUUGGGAAGGUUGUGUUUCUAUUAUAACUCAUUUAUUGAGGGUGGUUGCUUACUUGCUUGAAGUCUAAUCUAUAUAAUGUGCUUGUUCCUACCAGUAUUAACCCACUGAAAUAUUAUAGGGACUCAAGACCCAGGAGUUACAGUGGCUUUAUCACCUUCUUGGAUCUUUGUAUAUUCUGGUGCAGGAAAUGCUGUUAUUUACUUACCUGAAGCUGUCCCUCAUGGCUGCCACCAUCUUCUUCCACUGGAUCAUAUUAAAGCGGCACUGUCAUUCCGAACUUAUCUUUCCUCGAUCGCUUCCUCUUCUCUCCCUCUCUCAGGAUCUAUUCUUUAUUUCUUCCUGUCAGCUCUAGUUUUCUUAAAAAAAUAAGACAAAGUAGGGACUAUUUUGUCUUAAGUAUUUUUCCUACGCUUGACCAGCUAUGACCCAGAGAAGGAGCAAAGUUCACUCCAUUUCCUGUGGUCAAAGCAAUUUUCUGACCUUCCUCCUGCUGCUUCAUUCGGCGUUCAAACGCCAGCAAAAUUACCGAAUUUCGUCCUAACAGAAUGAGAACAGUUUGUCCAUUCGUGUUAGGACACAAUUUGAAUGAAUGAAACUCUGAUCCUAUUAGUGCCACGAGUAGAUAGCUCCCUAAUUCCUACAGUAAAAUCACAAUUCAGUUUGGAGCACUAUUGCAUUGCACUUGAAGAAACUGAAACUAUGGGAGAGAUUUAUCAAAGCGUCAUGUUCUGAAAAGUGGUGCAAAGCUGUAAAAUAGAGCAAUAGCCAAUGGGAUGUAUCUGCUGAUUCCACUGGUUGCCAUAGUGAUUGUCCCAAUUUUUUAUUUUAUCAUGAAGUUGAUAAAUCUCCCAUAGUUUCUAUUUCUCGUUCUCCACAUAUUAUGUUCAAUGACAGUAAAAGGCUGAGCUUAUAACAGUGUAACAAUGAUUGGCAUUAGGGGUGAUCCAAGGAUUUGUGAUACGUGUGCAGGGUCUUUUUUUUGUUGUUGCAAAUAUGUCCCAUACUUUUCCCAAAGAAGACUGGUUAAGCAUCAAUCAAAAGUAUAAUCUUGACUAAAAGAUUACUUACAAAAUACAGAUAUAAACAGUUAAGCAAGCAUUAUGGUACACAUACCAAAGGAAACACAUGAUAGUGCAAUAGCUUCUAUGGCUCUAUGCACAUGACCUUGAAGCAUGUAAUUUCUAUGCGGAUGACACACAAAUCUAUCUGUCCUCUCCUGAUCUCUUCCCGUCCCUCUUGACUAGUGUCUCUGACUGCCUCUCUGCUAUUUCUAACUGGAUGGCUGCCCGCUUCCUUAAACUCAACUUGACCAAAACUGGUCUUUCCUCCCUCAAUUGUUGCUACUCCUGUGUCUCCCUCCCUCCAAGUCAACGGUGCUACCAUCAGCUUCACCACACAGGCUCGCUGCCUAGGUGUUUUCUUUGACCCGACCUCUCCUUCACGUCUCAUUUUCAGUCUAUCGCCAAAUCCUGCUGCUUCCAUCAUUUUCAGUCUAUCGCCAAAUUUAACGCCAGAUGCAACUAAGGUGCUGGUCCAUUCCACUGUCCUUUCUUGCCUUGACUACUGUAAUCCGCUUCUCAGUGGUCUUACGUGCUCGCAACUUGCUCAAUAUAGGGCUCAAUUUAAAAUUCUGGUUCUUGCUUUCAAAUCUCUACAUAAUGCUGCUCCCACCUAUCUAUACUCCCUAAUACACUCCCUAAUACAAUAAGUAUGUCCGUCUAGACCCUUACAUCUAUCUUCUGUCCAUACUCCCACCUCUCAUGCUCGCCUUCAAGACUUCUCGAGGGCUGCACCGUUCCUGUGGAACUCACUUCCCUCCUCCGUUAGAUGCUCACAGUCAGGAUUACAAGUUGAUCCAGCACACAGAACUGUGUCACACCUAGGACUAAGGAUAACAUAUAACCGGAACUUAGAAUGGCCGGACUUAACGUAUCCAAGAAUAGUCAAAAUACUUGCCGAGGUCAGGAACACAGAAUCAGACACAACGAUGAAGGAAAGUCAAAAGUCAAGAAUACCAGAAUUCAGGGAAGUCAAAACGAUGCCAAAGUCAAAUACCAGAAAAUCAAGAUCAGGAACGCAAAUCGCGGAUAACCAUAGGCUUGAAACCACGACAGGGCAAUGAGUAAAAGGACAAUUGGGUUGAAAUACCCCUCCUGUGGAUCUGAUUGGCUGUAACCGGCCUUUGACCCCAAAAGCAAUUACCAGGUUUCCAUGUGCAUGAUUGCUGCUCAGCACAAACCCUCCUGUGGAUCUGAUUGGCCAUGACCGGCCUUUGACCCCAAAAGCAAUUACUAGGUUUCCGUGUGCAUGACUGCUGCUCGGCACAAAUUUUCCUGUCGGGACGGUAAUGCUGCUCGGCAAAACUUUUCCUGUCAGGACGGUAAUGCUGUUUGGCACAACUUUUCCUGUCAGGAUGGUAAAUGCCAUUAACCACAUUUUUGUGUGCAGAUGAAUGCAUGACACUCACCCAGUCUCCACUCCUUCAAAAAAUCGUUAAAAACCCACUUCUUCAUAAAAUCAUAUCAAUUAAACUGUUAAUAGCUCCUGACUGAUUCCUCUUCUGCAACUGUCACUAGUCUAAUACUAUCCUUACCUUUUUGUGUCAUUUUACCCCACUCCCUCUAGCAUGUAAGCUCAUUGAGCAGGGCCCUCAACCCCUUUGUUCCUGUGUGUCCAACCUGUCUGGUUACAACUACAUGUUUGUUCGUCCACCCACUGUAAAGCGCUGCGGAAUUUGUUGGCGUUAUAUAAAUAAUAACAUAAUAAUAACAUAAUAAGGUAUUAGGUAUGAACAGCAACAGGCAAAGGAGGGAUGAUGGGGAGAAAUAAUGCUUAUACAUAUUAGACAACUCAGUCGGUACCAAAUACCAUCUGUUCACUACCUCCACCAGGUUUAAACAAUGGAUGUUUUUAGAUACUUUGGGUAAAAGUGAACACCAUUCCUCUCUUGUCAUCUCUAUCUUAAGCUCUGUUUUCCAUUUCUCGAUUACUGAAAUAUUCGCUGUGACUGCUAUUUUAAGUAGCCUAUAUCUGAAUUUGGCUGCUUCUUUAUUUACUCUUUCAUUAUUAAAGGGAUACUCUUUAAUAAUACUAGAUCAGAGACAACAUGGGUUUACUUCAGGGAGAUCAUGCCAAACUAAUCUUAUUGAUUUUUUUGAUUGGGUAACUAAAAUUAUAGAUCAGGGUGGUGCAGUAGACAUUGCUUACCUAGAUUUCUGUAAGGCUUUUGACGCUGUUGCACAUAGAAGGCUUAUCAAUAAACUGCAAUCUUUAAGUUUGGAUUUCAAUAUUGUUGAAUGGGUAAGGCAGUGGCUGAGUGACAGGCAACAGAGGGUUGUAGUCAAUGGAAUAUAUUCGAAGCUUGGACUUGUCACCAGUGGGGUACAUCAGGGAUCUGUACUUGGACCCAUUCUCUUUAAUAUUUUUAUUAGUGAUAUUGCAGAAGGUCUUGAUGGUAAGGAAUGCCUUUUUGCUGAUGAUACUAAGAUAUGUAACAGGGUUGAUGUUCCAGGAGGGAUAAACCAAAUGACAAAUGAUUUAGGUAAACUAGAAAAAUGGUCAGAAUUGUGGCAACUGACAUUUAAUGUGGAUAAGUGCAAGAUAAUGCAUCUUGGACGUAAAAACCCAAGGGCAGAGUAGAGAAUAUUUGAUAGAGUUCUAACCUCAACAUAUGAGGAAAGGGAUUUAGGGGUGAUUAUUUCUGAUGACUUAAAGGUAGGCAGACAAUGUAAUAGAGCAGCAGGAAAUGCUAGCAGAAUGCUUGGUUGUAUAGGGAGAGGUAUUAGCAGUAGAAAGAGGGAAGUGCUCAUGCCAUUGUACAGAACACUGGUGAGACCUCACUUGGAGUAUUGUACACAGUACUGGAGACCGUAUCUUCAGAAGGAUAUUGAUACCUUAGAGAGGGUUCAGAGAAGGGCUACUAAACUGGUUCAUGGAUUGCGGGAUAAAACUUACCAGGAAAGGUUAAAGGAUCUUAACAUGUAUAGCUUGGAGGAAAGACGAGACAGGGGGGAUAUGAUAGAAACAUUUAAAUAUAUAAAGGGAAUCAACACAGUAAAGGAGGAGACUAUAUUUAAAAGAAGAAAAACUACCACAACAAGAGGACAUAGUCUUAAAUUAGAGGGACAAAGGUUUAAAAAUAAUAUCAGGAAGUAUUACUUUACUGAGAGGGUAGUGGAUGCAUGGAAUAGCCUUCCAGCUGAAGUGGUAGAGGUUAACACAGUAAAGGAGUUUAAGCAUGCGUGGGAUAGGCAUAAUGCUAUCCUAACUAUAAGAUAAUACUAGGGACUAAUGAAAGUAUUUAGAAAAUUGAGCAGACUAGAUGGGCCGAAUGGUUCUUAUCUGCCGUCACAUUCUAUGUUUCUAUACUCCAGGCACCCAGACCACUUCUGCCCAAUGGAGUGGUCUGGGUGCCAACUCCCACUACCCUUAACCCUGCAAGUGUAAUUAUUGCAAUUUUCAUAAACUGCAAUAUUUACUUUGCAGGGUUAAGUCCUCCUCUAGUGGCUGUCUACUAGACAGCCACUAGAGGGACUUCCAUGUUCAUAGAACACGAAAAGUGUUUUCAGCAAAGCUGGACAUCCUCAUGCUAUGUGAGGACCUCCAGCGUCGCCAAAAUCCCUAUAGGAAAGUAUUGAAUAAUUAGGCAUUAGGUCUUCCCCUCUGACGUCAGGAGGAGAGUAGGCCUCCCCCUGCCGACGUCAGGAGGAGAGUAGUCGGAGCCUGACCCAGCGCUGAGGGACAUCAGCGCUGGACUCCGGUAAGUCACUGAAGGGGUUUUAACCGCUUAAGCAACUUGGGAUGGGUGGUGGGAGGGGCACUACAGGGUCCUACAGUGCCAGGAAAACAAAUGUAUGCCUGGCACUGGAGAAUCCCUUUAAACAAUGCACAUACAUCUCUCCCUUCAUCUAUGGGCGCAAACAUCAUAUUGUGAUGUGUGUAAUUGUUCAACUUUCACUAGACCUUUUUGAAUCCAUUUAUUUAUCAGCAAAUCCUUUAUAUAUGAAACCAGAUACAAUAGUUUAAUAUUCCAUGGUAUCUUAUUCUCUAUUCUGCAUUUUUUCCUAACCAACAUUCUAGUAGCAAGUCUAAUAAUAUACUAGAUUUCCUGGCAAUAAUUAUUUGUUGAUCGUUAUUUUGAAACCAUAGAAGAGACCCCAGGUCCGCGAUAUUAUUCCUUUUUUCCAAAUAAUACCACCCUUCUUCUUUAUCAUCAUCCAAUUGAGUCAUAUAAUUAUGGAAAAUUAUAUUUCGAAACGUAUGUAUAUUCUAUAGUUGGAAAUCCUAUACCUCCAUUACACAUUUUCUGCGUCAAUAGUAUUUUGUUCAUUCUAGGUCUCUUUCCCUUCCAGAUACAAUUUACUAAUGCAGAUUGUAUCAACUCCAUCUAAAGUUUAGGUAAAUUCAGGGGUGUCAUUCUGAACAAGUAAGCUCACUUAGGUAGUACAUAGGCAUUUACUAUACUUAUUCUCCCCCACCAAGAGACCUUUUUUUUUUAACAAACCAUGUGUUAUCCUUAAGAGAUUCAAAAACUUAGACUGCUUUAAAUCCAUUGGAUUUCUUAGUAUAUAAAUUCCCAAGUAUGUUAACUUCUUAUCGGCCCAUGUAAAGUUAUACUUUUUUUUAAAUUAGCUCUCUACAAGCUGUAUCUAAAUUAAUGUCCAUCAAAAUCGAUUUGUUAACAUUAAUCCUAUAAUUUGAAAUGGUACUAUAUGUCUCCACCUCUAACAUAAAAUUAUGUAAGGAAUUGACAGGGUCUUUUAUGGUCAAAAUCAAAUCAUCGGCAUAUAUAUUUAAUUUUAAAUCUUUGUUUUGUCUGAACUCCUUUUAUAAGAGGAUUAUUUCUAAUAUUGAUCACUAAAACCUCCAUAGUUAAAAUGUAUAGAAUUGGAGAAAGUGGAUAGCCCUGUCCUGUCCCAUUAUGUAAUUUGAAACAUUCUCUGCAAAUAUUUGGGGUGCCUGUUCUUGAAGUAGGACUGGCAUAUAAGGCCAUAAUUGCUCUAUGCAUCCAUCCCGGAAUAUCGAAUCUUAUUAAGACCUGAUUUAAAAAUCCCAAAGAGACCCUGUCAAAUACCCUCUCUGCGUCUACCGCUAGGAAUACCAAUGGGUUUUUUUUUCCUUUUCCCAUGAUCUAUUAUGUCAAUAAUUCUUCUAGUAUUAUUUGAUGCCAUUCUACCCGGCACAAAACCAAUUUGGUCUCGGUCAAUUACAGUAUUUAGAAUUUCCUUCAGUCUAUUUGCUAAUAUUGCAGAGAAGAUCUUUACAUCCAUAUUGAUUAAUGAGAUAGGUCUAUAAUUUUCUACUUUAGUAGGAUCUUUAUCCUGUUUUAAAAUUGGAAAGAUAUUUGCUCUAAGCAUUUCAGCCAGGAAACUAUCUGUUGCUACAAUGUGGUUAAAGGCAUUUGCUAUAUGGCCAGCAAUGAUUUUAGCAUAUGUUUUAUAAAAUAAAUUCGAAAAUCCGUCUGGACCAGGAUUUUUUUUAUUUUUUAAAUUUUUUAUGGCAUUUAUCACCUCUUGAGACGAGAUGGGUAGUUAAGUUUGUUUCUUUGAAUCUCCGUUAUUGACAGGAUUUUCGAGUUCUUCAAAUAAAUGUCUUUAUCAUCAUAGGAAGAAGGCAAAUUAUAGCUGACUAUAAAAUGUAUUAAAACAUCUAACUAUCCAACUAUCGUGGCUGGUGUAAGGUGCUCCCCAGUAUCAUCUUUAAUUUUAGUAAUUUUAUUAUCUGCAACUUUAUUCCUGAGUCUCUGAGUUAAGAUUCUGUCCGCUCUAUUACCCUUACUGUAAUAUUUCACUUUUAAUUUUUUCAUAGUUUUUCCAUUAUUUUCUAAAAAGUUCUGGUUUAUAAGAUUUUGAAUAUUUUUCAUGUCAUCUAAAUUGUCCUUUGAUGGGGAAGUUUGGUUCUUAGUUGAUGCCUUUGUUAGUUUGGCAUACAAGGAUGCUAAAUCUAUCUUAUGAUUUUUUUUUGUAUUGUGAAUUUAAAUUAAUCAGGUUUCCUUGCAUAGUGGCUUUGCAUGCACACCAGUUAUUAGAGGGGGAAGUAUCCUUGGCCCUAUUCUCUUUGAAUAAUAAUUAAAUCAGGUUUUUAAGUGUCUUCAAGUAUUUAGGAUUAUAAAAUAAGACAUUGUUUAUCUUCCAAGUAAUUCUAUUAUUGUUUCUUUCAUUGAUCUUUCAUCGGCCAUAACAAUAUUGUGGUCUGACCAUGAAUUUAACAUUAUUUUAAUAUUUUGUAUCUGUUCAACCGCCAAAGCACUACCCCAUACCAUAUCAAUUUGUGAAUGUGUACAAGUAAGGGAAUUGGACAUUUUAAUCAGACCUUUUUUUGAUUAUCUCAUCUUUAGGUACUUUAUUAUCAUAUUUAGUGUCCAAGACACAAUUAAAAUCACUUGCGAUAAGGCAAAUACCAGUUUUUAUUUGUUCCACUCAUUCUAAGAUUUUUUUCAAUGUCACCACUGGUGAAAUGUUUGGUAAAUACACAUUAACUAAUGUGUAUUUAAUCUCAUUGAUUUUACAAACUAUUAUAAGGAAUCUUCCUUCUGGGUCAACAAAUUGAUAUAUAAUAUCUAAUUUACGUGAUUGAGAAAAAAAUAAUAGCAACCCCACGCUUCUUUUUAUCUUUGAUGGACGCAUGAAUUAUUGUAGGAAAUCUUACUCCACCCCAUUUAAUGUUCUCUUUCAUCCUCCAAUGAGUCUCUUGCAAGAAGCCUAUGUCUACUUAUUCUCUACUUAGAAAGAUAUGUACUAAUGCUCUUUUCUGUAACAAAUUAAAAUCCUGAGCAUUCACUGUUAUCAUUCUAAACAUUUGGUUUCUAAUACAUCAUCCCCCAAGAACCACAAUGACAUGUUUACAUACAAUUUGACAAAAACACAUACAAUAUCCACAAAAUGCUGCCAAUUGAUGAGCUUGAUCAAAUUGGCAUGGAAAGGCCUCCCUCAGCCAUAUGGUUGGUUGGAGCCAGUCUUUCAAAAAUUGAGGAAAGCACUCAAUAUUUCCGGUCUAUGUGUCUCAAAAAUGGACACUUGGUGGGGCAUUAGGUGGGCCCAACUGGAGGGGUAGUUAAAUAUUCUGUUUUUCUAGAGAAUUAUUCCUGUUUACAAUCCCGCGUAAAAAUUUUCUAAACCACUAUUUGCCUAUAUCCUCCCCCGUGUCCUGGGCAAAAGGCAGCGCUGGAAUAGGAGGAAAAGAAGGGAAGAGAGAAAUAUAUAUAUAUAUAUAUAUAUAUAAAGACCAGAUCAAAGGUAAGAUACAUACUUCUAGAUGAUCUACUUAAUGACCAAUUUCAUUACUUACAACAAUUAAAAGCUGUACAUAUUACCAUUUUCCCCUCUGGGAUACCAUAAUAUACAAUACUUUUUCUUCCCACGUUUAUUUAAUUUCUACCAUUAGCCUAUAAUUUUAUUUCUUACGUGGUAUUUUCAACUAGCCGGAGGACACUAUUAACAGUAUAGUCUCUUAAUAUCCUUCUGAUUUUACCUAUUUUUCCUUCUUUAUUUAAAACUAUCUAUUGAUACCUUCUUUAUUACUCACCUAUCUAUUUUAUAGUGACUCUAUUAUACAUCAUCCAACUGAAAUCCAUAACAUAUUACAUUUCAAAAACAAACUUAUACAUAUUAUAUCUUGUGUAGGCUUAUAUUUUCGAACUCUCUAUUAUGUCCUUGUGCUAUAAACAAGUGAGUCAAGAAGAUACAAGCUUUUCUCCUCUCCUCCUAUAUCAUAUCUUUUGUGCUCUUAAGUGUCUUAUACUUAGUGUUUACCUUUCUCUUCUUCUUCUUUUAACAGAUUAUCUUUUGUGAGUUAACCCUUCUCCUGUUUGAUAACUUAGUAACCUUGUAUUUUUCUAUUUUUGGUGCCUUAAUCAUUCUACUAUAUCAUUACUAAAAAAUAAUACAUUAUCCAACCUAUCACGUGCAACAAGUUCUUUAUCCUUUUAUACUGCUGUGAUAAGCUGAACACCAAAUUAUAGCCAUUUUUCCAUUCCCCCCAAUUAGUGAUCUGCUCUCGCAUGUAUUCUAAUUAUUUAUCCAAGGAUGUAUAAAUUUGACCGCUUCUUACUUGUUUUACUCCUGGAUGUUUUACUUGUGUAAUUUUACAGGUGCUUAAAGCAGAAUGACCUAAUAUCAACAGGCACAAUAAAAUACAGAAAAAGCACCACACUUAACCUUUCUCCUUCUCUUCCCUUCUCCUCCUUUUCCAUAUUUUCUCCUCAUAUCCACAGUAAAGAUGAUGUAAUAUUAAAUUUUUAAACCCAAUGUGAUGGGUGUAUCAAAAUUUGGGUGUAUCAAAAUUUUCUAUUCUGUCAUUCCAUGUAACCUUUAACAGAUUGGGAUAUCCCCAUCUGUAAUUAAUAUUAUUUUUUCUCAGCAUGAUUAAUGUAGUGGUAAAACCUCUUCUCCAGUUCCUGGUUAUAUAAGAGAGAAAAAUAUCUUGAAAUAUAAGAAGAUUUUUUAAAUUAUCCUCUAACGCAGGUUUUAGCCUCAUAGCCGACAUAAUAUAAAUUUUGGUCUGGAAACGAUGAAGUUUGAUAAUUACAUCUCAUGGCACAUUCUCUGGAAUAUUGCUGCGUCUGGGUAAUUGGUGAUGACGCUCAAUUAGAUAGUCAUGUUUAUCUCAAUUGGGUAAAACCUUUUUGAAAAAUUCUUGCAGAUAUGCCUGUAGCUUAUCAUUUGAAAUUUCUUCUGGUAUAUUGUGAAUUCUAAUAUUGGAUACAAUAAUUAAAAGCCUGGGACCAACACUUACCAAUAAGCACAAGGAUCCACUAUCAUAUCCACAGACGGGGAUUGUUUUGUCCAUGCUUAUCAGUCUGGAUCUGAACAUAAGCUCCAGAAUAUUGUAAGUGCUUUUUUGUUUUUUUAUAUUCUACCAGGAUUUAUAAUAUACUACACUAUAUUAAGUUUUUCCUGUUCAUUUUGAAUCUGAGAACAAUUCUACAGGCGCUGUCUCCCCGCACCCUUCUCUGCAAUCACUCUGUAUUGCCUCUACCUUUAAGUAUACAUUCAGGUUCACUGAUUUUAAAUUCUAGAGAUAUAUAUAUAAGAACACAUCUCAGAUAUAAGAGACAGUAAUACCUUCAAGGUAGUGAGUUCAGGAGCUAGUUCACUAUAAUAUGGCUUGGUUGACAAUAUAAUAGUUGUAUCCGUUUCUAGGAUAACCAGUAUUGACGGAAAAAAAUAUGUAUGGUGUGUAUACCUUUAAAUCUGCUAAAGGCAGAUUUUGUCUGAUACACACCAAGAUACUCUGCUUAAAUAUAAAGCAACUUGAUAGUUACAGAUUCACAACAGCAAAAAUGUGAUCUGCACGGGGUUUAGAAUACACACAAAAUAUUAUAAUGGAUAUAUCUCAAAAUCAUAAGGUAGCACACUAAAUGGUGCAAAUAGGCAAUAUAUAACUUGUUCACAGAGAUAUAGAAUUAUCUUUAUCUCUAUAUAUAGAAACAGGUGAAUGCAAGUAAGUUAAAAAAUUCCAAAAAACCACUGAAAAAUAUAUAUAAAUAAAAAAUGUAUAUUUAUUAAUAUUAAAAAAUAGAUGGAUGAAAAAUUGUAUUAAAAUUAAUGAGUUAAAAAGUACAAUUGUGCAAAAAAUACAGAAAUGGGGACCAGGAACGAUCUACAAGUCAGUUGUCAGCAUAGAUAUUAAACUUGUGUCCUGAUAACCACUGUAACCGAUGAGGAUUACAGUGGAUACUAUGUAGCAGGAUUUCAGUAUCUGUACUUGCCGGCUGCUGCGAGGUUGGCGUGCGUGCCAAACCUCACUGUGAUAGUCUGAUACCGGCAGUCCGUCAGUCCCGCGAUCGAUGGGGAAAGGAGCUGUUCUGGCUGCUGACAGCUGGCUGUUCUCCGUAUCCUGUGUCCUCUCACACUGUCGGCUUGUCUUACGCGUUUCGUGGGUGUCAGCCCCACUUCCUCAGAGACGUUCUCUGAGGAAGUGGGGCUGACACCCACGAAACGCGUAAGACAAGCCGACAGUGUGAGAGGACACAGGAUACGGAGAACAGACAGCUGUCAGCAGCCAGAACAGCUCCUUUCGGUUACAGUGGUUAUCAGGACACAAGUUUAAUAUCUAUGCUGACAACUGACUUGUAGAUCGUUCCUGGUCCCCAUUUCUGUAUUUUUUGCACAAUUGUACUUUUUAACUCAUUAAUUUUAAUACAAUUUCUCAUCCAUCUAUUUUUUAAUAUUAAUAAAUAUACAUUUUUAUUUUAUAUAUUUUUCAGUGGUUUUUUGGAAUUUUUAACUUACUUGCAUUCACCUGUUUCUAUAUAUAGAGAUAAAGAUAAUUCUAUAUCUCUGUGAUACAAGUUAUAUAUUGCCUAUUUGCACCAUUUAGUGUGCUACCUUAUGAUUUUGAGAUAUAUCCAUUAUAAUAUUUUGUGUGUAUUCUAAACCCCGUGCAGAUCACAUUUUUGCUGUUGUGAAUCUGUAACUAUCAAGUUGCUUUAUAUUUAAGCAGAGUAUCUUGGUGUGUAACAGACAAAAUCUGCCUUUAGCAGAUUUAAAGGUAUACACACCAUACAUAUUUUUUUCCGUCAAUACUGGUUAUCCUAGAAACGGAUACAACUAUUAUAUUGUCAACCAAGCCAUAUUAUAGUGAACUAGCUCCUGAACUCACUACCUUGAAGGUAUUACUGUCUCUUAUUCCUUUGGACAGGUUUGGGUGUAUCCCUGUCCUGGUUCAGUAUUGAGCUAUCCACUCUGAGUCGGACUCCCUCAUCCCUGUGUGUUGCACUAGGCAGACCAGAUUUUACUACAGCUCAGAUAUAGUAGUAAGGAUAAAUCAAAUGUAUAUGGCACACCUGAUUCUGAAUUUCCGUUAACCACUAGCGCCGUUUCCUCUUCUCUGUAACUCUCCCCUUCCUUAAUUAAUCUGUUUACACUUUAAAACCUAGCUUUUUUUUUCUUAUCCUUUUCCUCUCCCUUUCGGCUCUGUGUCUGUCUCACGCACUUAGCUUUUAGGCUAUCGGUUGUUUUUGCGGCACCUCCGGCUUAUCUCAAUUCCUCCAGACCUCUUUCCGACCUCUAUCAAAUAAGUAGUUCCCUGACUUCCCCUUGUAAAGCUCUUAGGCUGGCAUCUUUUCCCCCCAGCCGUUCCGUGCACCUGCCUCGUGGCUUCCCCACGCACCUCCUUACGGCGUCGACGUUGCUUAAGUCAUACGCCCAGCUCGCCUAAUUAUUUUCUUUUAUUAAUUAUAAUUUGAGGGACCUGUCUGACAACCAGGCAGACAGUCCAGAGAAUUUAAUUGGCAAGCCCUAUAUUGACUUGUAACUUUCUAAAACACCAUAAAACCUGUACAUGGGGGUUAUUGUAAUACUUGGGAGACUUCGGUGAACAGAAAUCUGAGUGUUUAAACCAGUAAAACUUAUCAUGACGAUGAAAUCACCAGUAAAAGUACAGUUUUUGUGUAAAAAAAUGCAAACAACAUAUAUGAACACUAACUUUGGCAAGCGUUUGUGGCUAAGUGGCUACUACAAAAGACUGGACAUACCCCAUUUCAAAUACCCUGGGUUGUCAUGGUGGGGUUUAUUUUCAUUUCUGGGCUGCCAUACCGCCUCAAAGGCAACAUAGUCAAUCUGGCAAAUAGCAAUUUACAAAAACAGCAAUUGGCAAAUCUUGUUUGACCAUGUAACUUUCCAAAUCACCAUAAAACCUGUACUUGAUGGGUACUGUUGUACUCGCGAGACAUUACCCUACACAAAUAUGAGUGUUUUAGAGCAGUAAAAUGUAUUAUACUGAUAUCAUUGGUGAAAUAGCAGUUUAUGUGUGAAAAAUACAAAAAAACUAAUAUAAAUGCUAAUUUUGGCAAGGGUUUCUGAUCAAGUGGCUACUAAAAAAGAGUGGACAUACCCCAUUUUGCAUACCGUUUGUUUUUACUUUUACAAAUGGUAUGCCAUGAUGGGGUUAAUUUUUAUUCCUGGGCUCUCAAAGGCAACAAAGGGCCAGCAAAUCGAUCGGACAAAUUUCAAUGUGCAAACAUGGAAAAGGGGAAAGCCCUACCUUUGACCCCUGUAAGUUUGCAAAAACCCAUAAAACCUUUACAUUGGGGGCACUGUUGUACUCAGGAGAUGUUGCUGAACACAAAAUGCUGAAAUCUCUGCUAGACCCGCUUCAGUCUGGUUUCCGCGCUAAGCAUUUGUGGAAACGGCACUGACCAAAGUAUCCAGCGAUCAACUCGCUGCAAAAUCUCGUGGUCACUACUCUAUCCUAAUUCUCCUUGACCUGUCUGCGGCUUUUGACACUUUUGAUCAUCAGCAGCUUCUUCUCAUCCUCCACAAUAUCGGUCUACAAGAUAUUGCUCUCUCCUGGUGCUCCUCUACCUCUCCCAGCGCUCUUUCAGUGUUUCUUUCUCUGGCUCUGCUUCUUCUCCCCAACUCCUCUCUGUUGGUGUCCCCCAAGGUUCAGUCCUUGGUCCCCUACUGUUCUCCAUCUAUACUGCUUGCCUUGGUAAACUCAUUAGCUCUUUUGGCUUCCAAUAUCAUUUCUAUGCAGAUGAAACGCAAAUCUACCUGUCCUCUCCUGAUCUUUCCCUGUCCCUCUUGACUAGUGUCUCUGACUGCCUCUCUGCUAUUUCUAACUGGAUGGCUGCCCAAUUCUGGUCUUUCCUCCCUCAAGUGUUGUUACUCCUGUGUCUGUCUCCCUCCAAGUCAACAGUGCUACCAUCAGCUCCACCACGCAGGCUCGCUGCCAAGGUGUUCUCUUUUACUCCGACCUCUCCUUCAAGCCUCAUGUUCAGUCUAUCGCCAAAUCCUGUCAUUUCCAUCUCAAAAACAUUGCGCGCAUCCGACCAUACUUAACGACAGAUGUGACUAAGGUGCUGGUCCACUCCACUGUCCUUUCUCGCCUUGACUACUUUAAUCCACUUCUCAGUAGUCUUACGUGCUCCCAACUUGCGUUGUUACAGUCCAUAAUAAAUGCGGCGGUGAGGCUCAUCUUCCUGUCCGCCCGCACCUCCCACGCCUCACCCUUCUGUCAGUCCCUACACUGGCUUCAUGUAAGAUAUAGGGCUCAAUUUAAAAUUCUGGUUCUUGCUUUCAAAUCUCUACAUAAUGCUGCUCCCACCUAUCUAUCCUCCCUAAUACACAAGUAUGUCCCGUCUAGGCCCUUACGAUCUGCUGAAGACUUACGUCUAUCUUCUGUCCAUACUCCCACCUCUGAUGCUUGCCUUCAAGACUUCUCGAGGGCUGCACCAUUCCUGUGGAACUCGCUUCCCUCCUCCGUUAAAUGCUCACCCAGUCUCAACUCCUUCAAAAAAUCAUUAAAAACCCACUUCUUCAUAAAAGCGUAUCAAUGAAACUGCUAAUAGCUCCCGACUGAUUCCUCAUUUGCAACUGUCACUAGUCUAAUACUAUCCUUACCUUUGUGUCACUUUACCCCACUCCCUCUAGCAUGUAAGCUCAUUGAGUAGGGCCCUCAACCCCUCUGUUCCUGUGUGUCCAACUUUUCUGGUUACAACUGCAUGUCUGUUCGUCCACCCAUUGUAAAGCGCUGUGGAAUUUGAUGGCGCUAUAUAAAUAAUAACAUAAUAAUAAUAAUAAUAAUAAUAUUGAGGUGUUCUUUGUCAGUAACACAUAACAGGACCUGAGAAUCUAUGCCUAAAGUACAGUGUGAGAGAAAAAUAACACAAAUAAAUGACUACCCAAAAGUUUGACAAAGACUGGUGGUAGAAUUAGUGCAUGGAAAGUGUUAAAAUACCACCAAUUGGGGGGCGGAGCCUGACCUCCAAGCAGUGCCGAUAACGGCAGCAUGAGCUCCCGCCUAACAUUACAUAGUUACAUAGCUGAAAAGAGACUUGUGUCCAUCAAGUUCCGCCUUCCUUACAUAUGUUUUUGCUGUUGAUCAAAACGUGUGGAUUCUGGGGUAAUAUCUGCGACUCACGAGCCAAAACGCUCGUGCACCGCUGAUUCGACUGAUACAUCCCGAAGACUGGAACACUGAACUACGGCCUACUAGAGUUGGAGCUGGGGAGAUGCGGCCACUCUUCCCGACAAUGAACUCACCAAGCGACUCAGUUGGACUCCUACAGCCCCUUUGGACCGGUGGGAUUUAUCCCGGUCCCCACUGGGUGCCCAUCGGUGAAUGACCAGACAUCUCUCGAUGACCCACUUCCCCACUUAACUCCACUAAAUCGCACCGUCAAACCUCUAACUGUGAUGAAGCGAGGGAGGAGAGGGAAGAGGACAUCCCGACUCAUCAAAAGCAGACCCACCAUCAGCCACCGCCUGUCUGGGCCCUGACACGUAUGGAGAUCUCCAACGUAUAGCCCGCAACAUCUGAGGCCAAACCAGCGCACUAGGAGGAUUCCCGCUUAGCAAGGCCAGAGGCUUGCAAUCGGACGAGCCAGGAGGCCUGUUUAAGCGGCUGAUUGCAGCUGGUACUGUGCAGCUGCAACACAAGAGACUGCCAUUACAUUACACUACGCCGAAAGCCUGCCAACCUCUGGUAUCGGGUGAAUGGGGACACUUGCAACAAGAUGGCAUUCUGAUCUGAUAUUACGCCUGUGACAAACUCCCCUGUCCUUGUGAGUUUGCCACGAGCUCCUGGAGGAGCCUGCUUGCCAGCCUCCUGCCCACAGACUAGGUUCCCCUGGUUCGGCACUUUCCAUUCAUACACAUAGAACCGAAUGCUAGCUCCAUGGCGGCCAUUCGCAUGGACCAAAACCAUGAAUAGACUUCAAGGGUAUUAUCCGCGAAAGCCCUGGAACUAUUUUCGGCACGAAGACUUUGUGGUUCCCGGUCGGUGCCCAGCUACAGGACCAUGCGUGCGAUAGGUCAAAUUAUGACUUCCAGGAAAAUCUUGAAUCCCUGAACCGAUCUGGGUGAUUUUUGGAUAUGUUGGUCACCCAGAUCGGGGGGCUAUCAGGGGAUGUAACUUUUGUGGGGUUUUAUGUAUUUUUAAGGUACUUUUGGGGUGUUUGGAAAAUGUAUGUUUUUUUUUUUGUGCUUGGAGAUAAUUGAGUUUAAUACAGUGCUUGACUCAAUUAUCUCCCAGGCACAGGGGAGGGAUUAUCUUGUUUUGUAUGGGAGUGUCCUGGACCGGAAAGCCAAUGUAAUCGUGUGUAUGUUUUUACCGUAGUUUACUCUUAGGUCCAGGGGAGAGUGCCCCUUGCAUGGGGACCUGCAUAUAACACCAGUUGUGGCUGCCAAUAAAGGUAUUCCAGCUUGUACUCCCAGAACUAUGUGUCGUCUGGUUACUGGGAGGGGAAAGGGCUAUUCUUUAAUCACUGUUCCAGUGUGGAGGAUUCAACAGGGAAAGUCCUUGUAAGGACUAGAGCUCCCAGGACUGAGUGUCGUCCAGUUCCUGGGGGUGUCUAGAGGGAAUUCCCCCUUCGGCUCCAGGAGGGAGCAGUUCCAGGACUAGAGCUCCUAGCACUGACUGCCCAGCUAGGAAGUGGUCCUUGGCGGACGGAGCUCUGUUACAUUGGUUGGCGGAGGUGGUAUGGCUUCCUAGCCUUGGGAAAACCAACACCACUUCAGAAGUAUGGAAGGCAAGUACUGCCAGUCUGGCUUUGACGCCAGACUCCAGCAGCGACUACAGGAUGUGCUUUGCAGUAUGGAGUACCCUAUCUGGGGAUCGGAGAAUCUGACAGUGCCCACUUCUGGUCCAUCCGAGCUGAGCAGGUAGACAACUGGGAUCUUACUGAGAUCGCUGCCAUACAGAAAGACCUGUCUUUUCUGGCCAGCCGGGAGUGGGAACUAGAACAGAAUUAUGUUUGCCUAUUCCAGUGGGUAAUGUCGCCUGUCUCUGAAAUGAUGAGGUUUAUGAACUGUGCAACACCGGGAGAGUUGAGUUUCGUCCCUCUUCCCCAGCAGCUGUGCCCCUCAUCAGGAGACAAGGCACCUGGCCUGAAUGGUGCAGAUGGGACCGUGGUCUCUGUGCCUGCCGAGCAGGAAAUCUGAGCGUCUGACCCAGACCUGCUACACUCCAGGUGGGGGGACCUGGCUGCUGUACCCCUGUUUUAAUACCAGUUCCAGAAACAGGGGACCUCAUAGAAUGGUCCUGGGAAGACCCCCCAGUUGGCAGGUAAAGAUGGGACCUCGGUCUCUCCACUGGGCAGCCAACCACAGAUGGAGAUGUCAGGAGUGGGUACAGUUGGUCCCCCUCCCAAGCAACAGACAGAGUUACAGUGAGAGUGUCAGGAUUACUAGUUGAUCCAGCACGUAGAAUUGUGUCACACAGAUGAUUAAUAGGUAAAGUAUUACCAGGCCUUAGAAUGGCCGGACUUAAUGUACCAAAGAGUAGUCAGGAUACUUGCCGAGGUCUGGGGAUACAGAAGAGACACAACGAUAAGGGAAAGCCAGAAGUCAGGGAUUCCAGAAUACAGGGAAGUCAAAAUCAAAGUUGAAAAUUUAAUCAGGAAAGCGCUCUCGGGCAACCACUAGGGAAACCACAACAGGACACUGAGCAGGAUGAGAACUGGGCCUAAAUACCCCUCCUCUGGAUCUGAUAGGCUGUAAUCGGCCUCUGACCCCAAAGGCAGUUACCAGGUUUCCAUUUGCAUAAUUGCUGCUCAGCACACACCCUCCUGUGGAUUUGAUUGCUGCUCGGCACAACUUUUCCUGUCAGGCAGAGGUACCCAGUCAGGGGUACAGGGAGCUCCGUUACAACACCUACUGGCCCUGAUUCUGAUGUCUCCUGUCUUACUGUCCCUUUUCUCUCCUCACAUCCCCAAAAUGCUCAUAACGCCCACUUACCUUUGCUUGAUUAUCCAGUCCCAGUGGAAAAUCCUCACUCAUGUGUGCUUCACCAUAUCGUAGGAAAUGUUAUAUUCAUUAAGAGCCACUUAUUAUCCUUUAUAUUCAUUGGUUAUCCACGAAGCACAUCAUACUGCUCAACCACAGUACAUAUAGCCUGCAUAACUCAGAACCAACUGUUUAAUGUGCAUUGUGUAUGUCUCACUCUUUUAUUUUAUUUUUAACUAUACCUUUUAUAUACUCCUGUUUUAUAAGCAUGUUCUACAAUCUAAUUCCUCAUAACCCUUAACAUGUCUGGGUAGCUCAUGUUGAUUACUUACUUAAUUUGCUUUUCCAUGUAUUUCAGACAUGUUUGACAAGUCUGUGAUUAUGCUACUUAACUUUAAGAAUGUGUGCAGUAAUCCUAUAUGCCUUGUACUUGUUCAAAUCUGUAUCUUGUCCUCCUUAUUUCUGCUGUUGGGGCAUUACAAGAGUGUGUGUUAAAUAUUUGCACCACAAAAAGAAAGAAUAAAAAAUUUGAAAAAAUACCACCAUUUGAAAUACCCUAGGGUGUCUGCUUUUUCAAAAUAUAUGGUUUGUUGGGGGUAAAUUACAUUGACCGGCUUUAAAAAUGUCCCAAAUAGGACAUUGGUGCAUGAUGACCAGCUGUGAAAAUUCCAAGUUGGAAAACUGGAAUGCACACCCUCCAAAUAAGGUCUUUUAACCCCCAGAAAACCCGACACACCUAUACAUGGGUGGUAUCACUGUACUCAGAUGUUGCUGAACACAUAUUGGGGUGUUCUUUGGCAGUAACCCUUAACGUUCUCAGUACAUGUAUUCUUAAAUUGCUUUGUGUGUAAAAAAAAAAAAAAAAUCACCAAUUAUUUUUAUUUUUUUUAAUUUGGCAUAGAUUGGUGGUAAAAUGGUUGCACAAAAAAAGAGUAAAAACACCCCAAGUUUAAUACCUUAGGUUGUCUUCUUUUAAAAAAUAUAUACAUGUGAAGGGUUAUUCAGGGAUUCCUGACAGAUAUCAGUGUUACAAUGUAACUUUCAUUAAUUUUGAAAAAAAAACAUGGUUUGGAAAUAGCAAAGUGCUACUUGUACUUAUUGCCCUAUAACUUGCACAAAAAAAAAAAAAGCGAAGAACAUGUUAACAUUGUGUAUUUCUAAACUCAGGACAAAAUUUAGAAACUAUUUAGCAUGGGUGUUUUCUAGCGGUUGUAUAUGCGUAAAAGAUUUUGGGGGUCAAAGUUUGAAAAGGUGUUUUUCUUUUUUUUUUCCAUCAUAUUUUCUCUUUUUUAUAGUAAAUUAUAUGAUCUGAUGAUGAUAAUGGUAUCUUUAGAAAGACAAUUAAUAGCAAGAAAAACAGUAAAUAAUAUGUGUGGGUACAGUAAAUGAGAAAAAGGGAAAUUACAGCUAAACACAAACACUGCAGAAAUGUAAAAACAGCCCUGGUUGUUAACGGUAAGAAAAUUGAAAAACGGUGUGGUCACUAAGAGGUUAAUGAAGUGUAUUUGGUGUAUAGAUUAGAGCCAUGGUAAGUAUGACUAAGGCUGCAUAAGCAAAAUUAUUUACCUCCUAAAUGGCUGCGAAUUGAGCAGUUAGAAUGCAGGAGCAUGAUCUAUACCUCAAAACUGCUUAAUUAAGCUAAAGUUGUUUUGGUGCCUAUAGUAUCCUUUUAAUAAGUUUGGAUAAACCAUCCCCAAAACUUUAAUAAUCGAAGAUAAUUAUUCACAACUGUUUUAAACUAGGAAUAUAGAUUUAGAUAUCAGUUUGUUUUGCAAGUAAUUAUCGAAGCAUUACAGAUGCACCUCAGUAAACAACAUGUUUUAAAAGACAGCUGCCACAUUAAAACUAUUUUUUAUAUAUAAUAAAAUUUCAUCAAGUUUUGACAGUAAAUUGAUUUUUUUAAACUUAAGUAUAUGUAAAGAAAAUAUUAAUAAAAUAUAUCCCUACCUUUGGUAUAUGGCAGGAUCCUUCAGUCAUAUACAUGCACCUUGGAUCAGACAGUGUCCAUGGUCUGUUCCCUGUUUCACUCCCUGCACAGAACCAUGGAAGACCAUAGAGACUAACUGUCAGCCUCCAAACACUGUGAUCCAAUAUUGCAAUCAUAUACUAAUGUUAGGGAUGAAGUUUCCUAAUUUUAUGUUUACAUAUACUUCUUUUAAAAAAAUCUUUUUCCUAUCAAAAGUUGUUAAACGAUUAUAAUAAAAAAUAGUGUUGAGUUGACAGCUGUCCUUUAAGAUACAAAACAGCUGAUAUUUUUGUAAAAAGAAAUAUGUCACCUUAAAUUUUAAUGUAAAUUUAGUCUUUAUUCAUGUUUUUAUAUAUUUCCUUGCACAUAGGUUUUCUUUUGAAAUGUAAAUUAUUCAGGCCACCCACUGAACGAAAUUUCUUCCAUGAUCAACCGUUUUGGGAGGUAAGUAAAACUUGUUCCUGUAUAAAAUUUUACAUCACAGGAAAACAACUCACUGAUAAUUAGUUUUGUCUCCUGCUAGAGACUACUUGUGCAUUGACGUUAAAACUUCUACCAUGGUUUGUACUAUAUGUACUACAUGCACACACCAUUUUGAUGGCUCAGAUUUGACAUGGGUACUAAAAUGUGACUAAGUGAUGGGAGUGAAUGUUACUGUAAGUAAGUGGAGUUUGGGGGAAGUAAAUAACUCUCUGUGUAUAAAGGGGGUCUUUUUUUAGUAAAUAUAUCAUACAACACUACACAUACAUUCACAAACUACAUGAUUAUUAGCUGUAUGUACAACUAUAUAAAAAUAGUUAAAUUGGCAACUUGCACUUUUGAUGCAAACGUUAAGUCUUCAGAUACUCUUUAAAGAGAUCACUCUCUUGCUUCAGAACAUUGACAGCUUAAGGACCAUUUGAAAGAAAGAGAAAGUGCAAAAAUAGUGCAAGUUUUAAAUAAAGUGCAUAGCAAUCACCAACAGAAUAAAAAAAAAAAACCUUCCCUCCCCUCUCCCUUUUAAACUCCCUAGAUUGUCUAAUGAGCCCUUCAAUUGGUUGAAAUUCCUCAAACUGCAUUCACUCUUCAUGGUUUCCGGGUACCUCCUCUAUAUGAUGUCAUCACACACGUGGCGUGGUGACGUUACUUGUAUCUGUCAUAUUUCUCUUUAAAGAGUAUCUGAAGGCUUGAAGUUGGCAUCUAACGUGUGAGUGGCCAAUUAAAGUAUUUUUAUAUAGUUUUAAAUACAGUUACACACUAUGAUGUGCCUUUCCUAUUUUCACUAGCAGAAUCACCCCUACUAUUUUUGCUUUGUAUCUAUGGUUGAAGAUUAGAGGAAAUCUUCAGGGUGGAUUUAUUGCCGAAGGGAAAUUUAAUCGAUUUUAUCCUCAAUUCUUGCACAUAGUAUUUGCAUUUUUUUGCACAUAUUUGCCCUAUAAGGUUUAAUAGGUUGUGAUUUGUCACCACAGAUAUUGAUAUAUGAUUAACUGGCUCACUGGAUUUGUCCACAAACUAUAUUUAUGUAUUCAUACAAUAGACUAAUUCACACAUUCUUUUCUAACAAUAUUUUAUAUAAUACAUAUAUGCAUUUACAUACUCUAUGUUUCUUAAGGAAAAUGAUGAGCAGGUGUGUAGAAUAGUAAGAAGCACUUAUGGCAGUUCCCAAAAGAAUAAAUUGUACAUGUGUCUAUGCCCAAUUAUGUCUGUGUUUUUCAUUGUUCUUUUUAAACAAAAAUUUUCUUUUACUGCACUAUGUAUAACCCAUGCUGAAAUACCACCUUAAUAGAAUUAAGAAACUUGGAAAGUUAUUGUAACAUGUUUUUAAUAUCACUAUAUUGCCCUCUAGUGGAAAUUAAGUAUCAAGCAUACAAUGCAAAUGGACUAAUGAGUAAUUAAAAACAAACAAAAAUAAAAAAAGCAUUGUAACCCCUUAAGGACAAAGGCAAUUGUACAAGUUUGAGCUAUAUGUCUGUUCAACCAUUUAUCUCUUUCAUAUUAAGUGUACCCACACUAAUAUAUAUAUAUAUAUAUAUAUAUAUAUAUAUGAAAGCAAACUCUGGCACUCUUCCUUUAAAUCCAAAAUAAAGUACAGAAAUUACCCGGGUGCUUCCAAGCCUCGGUAUGUAUAAUCAAUGAAGGAGCACUCCAAGGGAUUUUUCAAACUUGUUUAUAAUCCGGUGUUGAAAAAAUCAGUCAUCAACGUUUCGACCCAAUAGGGUCUUUAUCAAGACAUACAUACAUAUACACACACACACACACAUAUACAUACACACAAUUUUGUUCUAAGUGUAUUUUGAUAUCAAUAUCAAAAUACAGUUAGAACGAAAUUACACAUUUUUAAUAUUACGAUACACUUAGGCAGUGUGUGUGUGUGUAUAUAUAUAUAUAUAUAUAUAUAUAUAUAUAUAUAUAUAUAUAUAUAUAUAUAUAUAUAUAUAUAUAUAUAUAUAUAUAUAUAUAUAUCUCAUUUUUUUCAGAACAUGGUUUUAAUUUCACAUGAAAUAUUUAUACAUGAAACUAUUUAAUAUGAAUAAAAUCUAAAGAAAUGUAGUUAUUCAUGGCAUUUUAACUGUGAAUGUCAUAAUACUCUUAGCAUUUAUGUAUGCUGUGAUAUCCCACAUGCACAACGAUGUCCCCGUGUACAUGUUUCAUGGUUUCUUGGAAAGUUACAGGGUCAAAUAAAGAGCUUGCUGUCAUGAACGCACCCUACUCCAAGAGUGUGCGUGACAUAGUUAUGGUGGUGAAAGGGUAAAAGUUCACUAUUUCUCUGCACUAGACCGGAAAUAAUGAUAAAAUCCCCCUUAACACCAUCGUGGCACUGAAGGGGGAGGAAGGGGUUAAUCCCUUACCUUUUCUGCAGCGCCGGGCUCCCUCGGCGCUGGGACUCUCCUCCCUCUUCUUCCGUCAUCGGCUGAAUGCACAUGCGCGGCAAGAGCUGCGCGCGCAUUCAGCCAGUCCAUAGGAAAGCAUUCUCAAUGCUUUCCAAUGGACCCAAGCGUCUUCUCACUGUGAAACUCACAGUGAGAAGCGCGGAAGCACCUCUAGCGGCUGUCAAUGAGACAGCCACUAGAGGCUGGAUUAACCCAUAUGUAAACAUAGCAGUUUCUCUGAAACUGGUAUGUUUACUGCAAAAAGGGUUAAAUCUAGCUGGACCUGGCACCCAGACCACUUCAUUAAGCUGAAGUGGUCUGGGUGCCUAUAGUGGUCCUUUAACCAUAAUAAUAUAAAUAUUACUAUUUUAAUGCUGCCACCACCAAGACAAUUUAUAAAUGGGGUGACUUGGUCCCCCAGAUAAACCUAAUAAUAAAAACCCUCCAAAUACAACUUAGCAAAAUAGCUAAGCAAUUGCAAAAUACUAAUUAGUCUCUUCAUGCAACAUGAUUCUUUACCAGACAGACAAAGGCAGUACUUAAUAAAGGAAUAUUUAUUAUGAGCAAAAAAUAGUCACAGUGCAUACAAAAAUAUAGAUGACAAUCACAUUAGUUACACCAACAACAAAUAAAAACAAAUGGGAUAAAAUAACAGAAGUCCUAAUCACUUAGGUUUUCAAAGUAAAACUUCUUCCCAGGUAAGGUAGAUGGUGGCCCCCAAGCAAGUACAAUACACACUUCAGUAUCAUUAGAUAUAUACCCUGUGGAUUACAAAGCCUCACCCAAAGGUGGAGAUAAGGUGUACCUAUACUAACUAUAAGUUGGUCUUGUGUUCCAGACCAACAUCAAUCCAAAUGCAAACAUUUGGUUCAAUCUCCUCUUAUGUCCUUGCCACAGAUAUAAUAAUUGCAUCUAUGAAUUUGUUACCAUUUUUCCCAUUCCAUAGAUAUGUGACACUCCUUACUUGUGUCCCAAUAUAGCAGACAUCACAAUCCUUUCCCCUAUUAAGUUAUGCAAAUCAUGUGCUUGUCCCAUUCUAAAUAUAAUAAAAAUGAGGCUUAAUUAUUCAUCUGCGGGUAAGUAUUAAUGUUUCUUUUGGACUUUAUACUGGAACACAAGGCUUGUUUUUCUUCUUUUUUUUUUUUUUCUUGAAAGCUAAUGAUCAUUAACAUAUUAAAGAAAUCAAUUCAUCAAUUAGGAGGUACAGGCCAUAUGGCUAAAGCCAGCUAGUUUACAAUGGAACUAGACAUCCAGGCAUCUCAAGUAGAAUGUCACACCCUGCAGAGCCUUUGAUUAAUCAAAGGAUCAAUCCAUGUUGCAAACCAUCUGCCCCCUUCACAUUCCAAUACCAUUUACAUUAUCCCUUCUGUCAUCUGACCUUGCAACCAAGUGGCCAAUUAAUAUAUGCACUACACAAAUUACAUUAAAUGGCAAUAUUCUAUUGCCCAUUUCAGAUAUUACACAUUGAAAUUUGCCAGAUUUGUUUGCUGGGCCUAUGUUGCCUUUCAGACUGUAUGGCAGCUCAGGAAUGAAAUCACCACCAUCAUGACAUACCAUUUGCAAAAGUAGACAGCCCAGGGUAUUCAGAAUGGGGUAUGUCCAGUCUUUUUUAGUUCCCACUUAGUCAUUACUACUACAUUUUACUACUCUAAAACACUCAUAUUUGUGUUUAGUGAUUUUUUUGGAAUAUUUUUAUGUUCAGUGAUCUGUCAUGAGUACAACAAAACUUCCCAGGUACAGGCUUUAUUAAGUUUUGAAAAUUUACAGGGUCAGAUAUAGAGCUUGCAAAUUAAAUUCUCUGGUAUUUCUAACAGAAAAGUAAUUACUGUGUAUAGUGCGCUUACAAAUAUUAUAGUGAUGGAUAGAAAAAGCAGCUACCAACUCUAGUGGGUUUUGCUUGCUCCCACUAUAUGUAGUAGUGAACAAAAUAAAUCAGUAAGAUGUGAGUAUUAUACCCAAAUCUAUACUAAUUAAGUGAGUGGCGCACUAUAUAGGAAAUAAGAGUAUACACUUACCCUAAGUAGGGUGUAGAGCUUGGAUGUACAAUAAAUACAUACAAAAGAGACAGAAUAAAACAAUACAGUGUAAAUCCACAAAAAAGAUGGUAAUAAAAAUAGAACUUAUUCGUAAGUGUGUCAACUCACAUUGAUAAGAGCCUCUAGAGGACAGGCUCAAAUCACAUCAGCAUUAGUGGCGUUGGUGAAACUGUACCCUUUUUCCCAGGGUUGGUAUCCUCAGAAAACAAGAUAAGAGGAGAAAAUCUCUAGUGUAUUACGUUCCAAUUAACAUAUAAAACAUAAAGUGCUGAUGGUUUUGCUCACCUUCUUUAGAGUCAAUAAGACCUGGCUCUGGGUUGUAAACCUAGGUACUUCUAAAGGGGGCACCUUCCCUUCUUUAGCAGCAAGUAAUAGAUUAAGCCAAUUGGACUGUGUAAAUUGAUUAAACUUUAAAUAUAAAAUGAAAAAAUACAAAAUGAUUAAAAAUCGAUCAAAAAUGUCCAGAUUAAAUGUCCAGAUAUGGCUUUAAAUCCAAGACACGUUUCGCCCACCUAAAUAUAGGAUUGGUUAACCGACAAGGGAAGAAAACGCUGAAAAUAAACUCAUAGUUAUAGAAAUAAUGCAGAGAGAAAAAGAGCCGUCCGUUCGCCCAAAAUGCUAAACCCCAACAAGGCUUAGAUAGGAAGAGGCAAGGCUAUCGGGUAAAAGGGCGCGAAAUUACACCGAAAUUCCACGCACAAUUAGCGGAUCAGGGCAAAAACACGUGAACAGAGGCAAACAACCAAACUGUUAAAACUCCGAAAGAUCGCACGCGGGAUUGAAAAAUGAAACCAAACCUGCGAAUGGUGAAAACUACCGAACAACGCACAUGCGCGAAUCGCAUCUAACUAGAAAAAAGCUGUGAAAGGGUGCGAACCAACAGUAACCAUUAAGGAAAAUAAAUGGGGCAAAUAAGUAAAAUAUAAAACGGAGUAAUUAGAGGAGAACCCCUCAGUCCCCAAAAGGUUUUACUUAACCCCUUAAGGACCAAACUUCUGGAAUAAAAGGGAAUCAUGACAUGUCACACAUGUCAUGUGUCCUUAAGGGGUUAAAGGAACCAGGGGCAAAGAUAAAAGCAUACAAAACAAAACAAAUUACACAAUUAAACUUAACAAUACUGAAUAAAUAUAAAACAUGAUAAAAUUUAAAUGCAAAUAAUGAAAAUAACAAUGAAAUAAUAAUUAGAUAAAAUGAUAUUAAAUCACAAUGAUAAUGGAUAAACAGUAGUAUAUAACUAUCCCACAGUUAAGAAACUAUGGGAGCAGUGUACUUAACUGAGCGAGCUGCAAAGAAAGAGUAAGUGAUCUAAUGGUUACCGCGUAUUAUGCCAAGGACUGGAUGCUGAUUGGCUGUUCCGGUCAGGGCCGCCAUCAGGGCAUGACAACCGUAACGGUUGUCAUGGGCCCGGCGGUCCUGGGGGGCCCGGACUGCUCAGGCCUUCCAGGCCCCACAUUCAGUGGGUACAUACCGGGUCGCAGGGGGCCCUGCGACCCGGUAUGUACCCACAGGGCCAGCCUCUUCUCCUGGGGGGCCCAGCAGCCGGUCACCUCAGGGCCCCCCAGAGGCUGGCCCUGAGCCACCGGCGGGCGCGCGAGGGAGCACUCUCUGUGUGCAUCCUCUUCAGCUCCCUCGCGCACCGUACUGAUGCCGGCGCCGGAAGAUGACGUCAUCUUCCGGCUCCGGCAUCAGUACACGGCGCGCGAGGGAGCUGAAGAGGACGCACACAGAGAGUGCUCCCUCGCGCGCCGGCCCGGCUGUCAGGGAAAAUUUGAGUGAGUGGGAGUAGUGGGAGUGGGGGGAGAGGGAGGAAAUUUGAGUGGGGGGAGAGGGAGGGAAGAAAUUUGAGGUGGGGGGGAGAGGGAGGAAAUCUUGAGUGAGGGGGGGGGAGAGGGAGGGAGGAAAUUUGAGUGGGGGGGAGGGAGGGAAGAAAUUUGAGUGGGGGGAGAGGGAGGGAGGAAAUUUGGAGGGGGGAGAGGAGGGAGGAAAUUUGUGGGGGGAGAGGAGGAGGAAAUUUGAGUGAGUUGGGGAGGGAGGGAGGGAAAUUUGAGGGGGGGGAGGGAGGGAGGAAAUUUGAGGGGAGGAGAGGAAGGGAGGAAAUUUGAGGGAGUGAGUGGGGGGGAGAGGGAGGGAAGGGAGGAAAUGUGAGGGGGGGAGAGUAAGGGAGGAAAUUUGAGGGAGUGAGGGGGGAGAGGAAGGGAGGAAAUUUGAGGGAGGGAGGGGGGUGAGGAAGGGAGGAAAUUUGAGGGAGGGGGGAGAGGAAGGAAAUUUGAGGGGGGAGGAGGAAGGGAGGAAUUUGAGGGGGAGAGAGGAAAUUGAGGGGGGGAGAGGGAAGGAAAUUUGAGGGAGGGAGGGGAGAGGGAAGGAAAUUGGGGAGAGAAAGGAGGAAAUUUGAAGGGAGAGGAAGGAAAUUUGGGGGGGGAGGGAAGGAAGGAAAUUUGAAGGGGGAGGAAGGAAAUUGAGGAGGGGAGAGGAAGGAAUUUGAGGGAGGAGGAAAUUUGAGGGGGGAGGAAGGAGGAAAUUUGAGGGGGGGAGAGGGAAGGAAAUUUGAGGGAGGGGAGAGGAAGGAAAUUUGAGGAGGGGAGAGGAAGGGAGGAAAUUUGAGGGGGGAGAGAAGGGAGAAAUUUGAGGGGGGAGGAAAUUUGAGGGGGGGAGGAGAGGAAGGAAAUUUGAGGGAGGGGAGGGAGAGGAAGGAAAUUUGAGGGAGGGGAGGAGAGGAAGGAAAUUUGAGGGAGGGAGGGAGAGGAAGGAAAUUUGAGGGAGGGGGGAGAGGAAGGAAAUUUGAGGGAGGGGGGAGAGGAAGGAAAUUUGAGGGAGUGGGAGAGGAAGGAAAUUGGAGGUGGGAGAGGAAGGAAAUUGGAGAGAGGGGGAGAAGAAGGAAAUUGGAGGGGGGAGAGAUUGACAUCCAUCACACACACACACACACACACACACACACACAAUGCACCCCUUGAACACAGAAAAACACAAUGCAUUACACACAGACACACAUACACAAGCAAUGCACCCCUUACACACUCUCAGUGCAUCCCUUACAGACGCACACACUGCAUCCCAUACAUACACAAACUCACCUUGCAGCCCUUAAAGCCCUUACACAUACUAACACAGAUUCACACAAUGCAUUCCUUACACACAUCAGGACAUCCCCCCCACACACACAUACCCCUCUGAACAAACUCAUUGGUGGAACAUAAAGGGGGACCCUGGGACCCAGACCUUGAGCUGUGUAAAGGGCCCUCAAAAAAAUGGAGCUGCUUCCCGUUCUCCCAGAACAUUGAUUUUUGUGACCACAGUUACAAACCGCCUCCAGAGAGCCUGUUCUACACCAGACCAUUGGAGCCAGACGGCAGCUAGAGCCCAUCAUCAUCCUCAUCUGGUUGUAAGUAGGCAAUCUAGUAUAUUAUUCGUGGCACUAAUCUAUAAUUUACCUCACAUUAAAGGGACACUAUAGUCCCCAGAACCACUGCAGUUAACCACUUAAUAUAGUGGUUCUGGUGUCCAUAACCUGUCCCUGCAGGCCUUUUAUUGUAAACACGGCAGCACUGUGUUAGUUAACAUGGCAGAUCAUAUGGGUGGGGCAUUGUGAUGUCACAUGGGGGGCGGCAAACUUUACUUUUGCUUAGGGCGGCAAAAAUCCUUGCACCGGCCCUGCAGACACUGCAUCCCUGUGGGCGGACUCAGGAGGGGGACGGACGGACGGACUCGGGUGCAGGCACCGGGGGGCCCAGACCUUGAGCUGUGUCAGGGGCCCCAAAAUUUCUGAUGGCAGCCCUGGUUCCGGUUAUCAGGAAGAUUAACCUCUGAUGUAUCAUGUUAUAUAUAUGUUGUUUGAUUUUUUUUUAAUGUUAUAUUUCUUUGCUACUGAGAAAAAAGAAAAAAAAAGUGCAGCAUAAUAGGAGCCUCAGUGUCUUAAUAAAAUCCUUAUUUUGACUACUGCAUAUAUCAUAUUGAAUUAAUCUAAUAAAAUAAAUUUUGAAAAGACUCUCCACUUCUACAAAACCCCUGUCACGCCUCUAGAAAACCCCUGCUCCCCUCUCUUACAGUAGUAUCCAUAAUUAUUUUUUUAAUUAAAUAAAUUGAGUUUUGUCCUGCAUAGGGCAGCACAAAACCAGGAUACACCACUGGGUAGUGUGCCUCUGUGUCUGAGGCACACUACAGCAAGCAGUUUUACUUUCACAGCAAUUACACGUGCUGCAGUGAAACCCGAUCUGUUUCCCUGCAGGUCAGUGUGAGCUGUGAAGAGCAGAGAGACAGAUCAGUGGUGAUCUGCUGCUCUCUGCAAGAAAAAAAAAGUUAGUUGUAAAUCCCUCCCUCCCCCCUCACCCUUUCCCCAAAAAAUGUAACCCAUUUCAUGGCCUUUGAUCACUGUCUACAGUAAUCAAAAUACAGGUCACAGUAUUUCACUGUGAUCUGAUUUUUUUUUUUUAACCCCAGCUAACUUUUAUUUUUUUUAGCCCUCAGGGUUAAAUUUAUUUAAUUAAAUAUUUGUAAAACAUGUAUUUAUUUAGCUAGGGUGGGUAGAGGUUAGUGGGGAAAUUGGAGGAUUUACGGUUAGGCUAUUUAGGGGUUAACAGUUAAAAAAAAAAGUUUUAAAUAGUUAAAGAAAACUUUUAAAAGUAAAAAGAAGUUUAAAAAAGGGUAAAGCAGGGGUUCUCAACGUUAGUCCUCAGGACCCCCUACCAGUCCAGGGUUUAGGGAUUACCUGGGUGUGUCUAAGGUGUUUAGAAAAAGAAAAAAAACACCUUAGAGUCUAAGGUGUUUUUUUCCCUUUUUCUAAACACCUGAGACACACCCAGGUAAUCCCCAAAUCCUGGACUGGUAGGGGGUCCUGAGGACUGGGUUGAGAACCCCUGUGGUAAAGGCUAGCGAAAAAUUGAUAUCACGCUAAGGUUCAAAAUAUGCCUUCUGAAACACCCUGGGGUGUCUUCUUUAAGAAAGGGUAUGUCUUUGUGUGGUACUUGGAAAAAAUAACCUGCUAAAAAAAAAUUCAAAGUGGGGCAUGGACCCAGCAUAAAAAUUCAAACUUAAAUGGCUGUCUUAAAUGUACCCCUUCAAUGUUUGUCAUAUACCUGGUAAAGGUACAUAUGGGGCCACUGCUGUACUCAGACGACAUAGCUGAGAAACAUAUCAAGUAUUAUACUGCCGUAGCGCACAUAUGGUUUUCAAAAUAUACAGGACAAACUCAUUGUGUGUGUCAAAAAAAAAGGCAGAAAAAUGCUUAUUACCAAAACACUUGGUACAGGCUAGCGGAAAAAUGAUCCCACACCUAGGUUCAAAAUAUGCCUUUUGAAAUACCCUAGGGUGUCUUCUUUAAGAAAUUGAAUGCCUUUAUGGGGUAGUUGAAAUAUGUAGCCUGCUAAAAUACACCAAAAUGGGAUAUAGACACAGCAUAAAAAUUCAAAGUUUGAAAAAAAACUGUAUUGGCUGUGUCUCAAAUGUGCCCCUUUAACGUACACAUGGCACAAGCUAGCAGAAAAAUUAUCCCAUGCCAAGGUUCAAAAUAUGCAUUUUGAAAAACCCUGGGAUGUCUUCUUUAAGAAAUGGUUUGCCUUUAUGGUGUAGUUGUAAUAUGUCGCUGAAGUGCUCCAAAAUGGAACAUCAAAACUGUAACGGACCGCCUUGCACCCCGACUGGGUACAUCCGUUGAAAGAUGCUCCUAGCGCUUCCUGAGGGCUCCAAGCACUCCAGCAGGCACCUCCAGACACUGGACAACACUCGGUCCUGGGAACUCUGGAACCUCAUUGGGAAUUAGCUCUAGUCCUUACAAGGACUUUCCCAGUUGAAUCUCCUGCAAGCUGGAACAGCAGACACAGGAGCAAAUCAUCUUCCCUCCAAUAACUGGACGACACACAGUUUUGGAGUGUAAACAGGAACAGACAGAGCUGUGGUUUUAUUGUUUCUUAUAUACACAUUUUUACACAAUGUUGCCACCCACAUGGUUUUGUAGCACAGCCAUUCAAAUACACUAUAAAACAGUUAAACACUCCCAGUCAGGACAAACAAACCCUGCCCUCUGCCUGUGAUAUAAUUACUGUACACAAUGGAUUAAUACAGUUUUUACACAAUUCUUAUAACUUCUAAAAUAUACAUCCAAUUUCCAUGAAGUUACAUAUUAUUAAUAAGCACAGUUCAAAUAUAAACAUAUCCAAAAUUCAGACAAUUCCCUUCAGUGGUUAAAAAGUUAGUUGGAAGUCCUUUUUGACAGAGGAGGGACAAAUCAGCCAGUUCCAACUGGUCUGGCAGGGUCCCUGGGACAACGCCCUGCUGGAGAACAAUGGGGGGGGAGGGUGGGAGGCACACCUUCCCAUGGAUUCAAAGGGGCAGAAAAAGUGUCCCAAAAUCCAAUAAGCCCAAACAAUGUUUAUAAAAGGCAAACUCUCCCAGGGGCCAUAGUCAGAAGGUAGGAGGCGGGCAAACAGGCCCCUCCAGUGGCGAGGUCACUUUCGUCACAAAAACCAUCUAUGAAAAUUUACAUUUAAAGACCUGAACUUGCCACAUCUCUUUUGCAGCACUGUAACCUCACAAAAUGAUGUCUAGGUUAUACAUUGGGCAUAUUGUUUUACUCUGAAGAUGUAACGGAGCAUAAUUUAGGGGGUUUUAUGACAGUGGCACAUAUCAAGUGUAAGAAAUACAACAUGUAUGUAAAAAAUGAACACAAUAUGGGGUUCUGUACAGGAAUAGCACAAACCAGCUUUGCAAAAUACACAUUAAAAAAACCUUGCUAUUUGUGUAUAUGCCAAAAUAGAGAAAAAAGAUACAAUAUAACUCCAAUAUUUAGCAGAGAUCAGCGAUGAAAUGGCUACGUAAAAGUGUCAAACUAAAUAGCCUGUGAUAUCUACUUUAUAUAAAUAUAUACUUUUGUGUGGCAGUUUUGUUUUUUGUGAUGACUACUAAAUUUAAAAGACAAACAUCCCAACUUCUAAAAUGGUUUAAAAUUGAAAUUUUAUUUAGUCCUUGUAUUUUGUGACCUGUAACUUUCAAAAAAGCUGAAAUCCUAUACAUAUUAUGCACAGUACAAAUCAAGACACAAUUUAAUUUAUUACUUUUCCAAAGCUGGACAUGUUAUGCACAAGUUAUUAUUGCCCAAAGUGUGUGAAAAUAAAGUUUUUUUUUUAUUCAUCCACAUAUGUAUAUGUGACAUCAAAUUAAAGUCCUUGUCCUCUAAAACACGGUAUAUAUGUGUUGGUGCAAUAAAUGAGAGAGAUGCAAAUUGCGGUUGAACACAAACAGCAAAAAUUGCAAAAAUUGCUUGUGUCCUUAAGGGGUUAGUUAUACAAACUUAAUACAUAUGAAGUUUGCUUUACUCCAAGCAAGUCACGGUUAUCCAUCUAAAGCUUAGAACUUUUUGAUUUUCCCCUGUCCCAUUUGUAUGUAUGUCAACUAAUUAAUAAAAUUUUAUGUUAAAGGGACACAGUCACCAAAACAACUUUAGCUUAAUGAAGCAGUUUUGGUGUAUAGAUCAUGUCCCUGCAGUCUCACUGCUCAAUUCACUGCCAUUUAGGAGUUAAAUUACUUUGUUUAUACCACCCUAGUUAAACCUCACUGCAUGCUUUCCUAAACACUUAAUCUAAAGUUUAUCCUUCCUUUAUUGCAAGUUCUGUUUAAUUUAAAUUUUAUUAUCUCCUGCUAUGUUAAUAGAUUACAAGACCCUGCAAGAGUCUCCUGUAUGUGAUUAAAAUUCAAUUUACAGAGAAAUAGAUACAAUUGUUUAACCCCUUUAGGACACAUGACGGAAAUAUUCUGUCAUGAUUCCCUUUUAUUCCAGAAGUUGUGUCCUUAAGGGGUUAAGGUAAAUUACAUCUUAUUGAAAGUGAAACCAGUUGUUAUUUUUCAUGCAGGCUCUGUCAAUCAUAGCCAGGGGAGGUGUGGCUAGGGCUGCAUAAACAGAAACAAAGUUAUUUAACUCCUAAAUGGCAGUGAAUUGGGCAGUGAAACCCUAGACCAGGCAUAGGCAACCUUCAGCACUCCAGAUGUUGUGGACUACAUGCCCCAUAAUGCUCUUACCCCUCUAAUGCUGGCAAAGCAUCAUAGGAGGUGUAGUUCAAAACAUCUGGAGUGCCGAAGGUUGCCUAUGCCUGCCCUAGACUAUAGGUGACUAUGGUGUUCCUUUAAUUUAAUUAAGGACUCUUCAUCUUUUGCUCUCUGGGGUAUGAGUGAGUUUUCUUGUUUUUUUGUCUACACAAAUAAUGCAGCUAAAAAUUAGGAUGCCUUAACCCCUUAAGGACACAUGACAGACAUAUUCCGUCAUGAUUCCCUUUUAUUCCAGAAGUUGUGUCCUUAAUGGGUUAAAAAACAUCAAUGUAUUUUUUUUCAAUUUCUUUAUUAAAUAUGUUGUAUUUCCAUGACGCCAAAUAACUUUUAGUAGUAUAAUAUAAUACAAGGAGGGGAUUACAAUUUUAAUGAUAACAUUUGCAAAAUGUGGUAUGCUGGGACAAAUUUAACAGAAGACACUAAAUUAAAACAGUUAUACAUGAAGACACUUUGUUUAUACCACCCUAGUUAAACCUCACUGCAUGUUUUCCUAAACACUUAAUCUAAAGUUUAUCCUUCCUUUAUUGCAAGUUCUGUUUAAUUUAGAUUUUAUUAUCUCCUGCUAUGUUAAUAGAUUACAAGACCCUGCAAGAGUCUCCUGUAUGUGAUUAAAAUUCAAUUUACAGAGAAAUAGAUACAAUUGUUUAACCCCUUUAGGACACAUGACGGAAAUAUUCCGUCAUGAUUCCCUUUUAUUCCAGAAGUUGUGUCCUUAAGGGGUUAAGGUAAAUUACAUCUUAUUGAAAGUGAAACCAGUUGUUAUUUUUCAUGCAGGCUCUGUCAAUCAUAGCCAGGGGAGGUGUGGCUAGGGCUGCAUAAACAGAAACAAAGUUAUUUAACUCCUAAAUGGCAGUGAAUUGGGCAGUGAAACCCUAGACCAGGCAUAGGCAACCUUCAGCACUCCAGAUGUUGUGGACUACAUGCCCCAUAAUGCUCUUACCCCUCUAAUGCUGGCAAAGCAUCAUAGGAGGUGUAGUUCAAAACAUCUGGAGUGCCGAAGGUUGCCUAUGCCUGCCCUAGACUAUAGGUGACUAUGGUGUUCCUUUAAUUUAAUUAAGGACUCUUCAUCUUUUGCUCUCUGGGGUAUGAGUGAGUUUUCUUGUUUUUUUGUCUACACAAAUAAUGCAGCUAAAAAUUAGGAUGCCUUAACCCCUUAAGGACACAUGACAGACAUAUUCCGUCAUGAUUCCCUUUUAUUCCAGAAGUUGUGUCCUUAAUGGGUUAAAAAACAUCAAUGUAUUUUUUUUCAAUUUCUUUAUUAAAUAUGUUGUAUUUCCAUGACGCCAAAUAACUUUUAGUAGUAUAAUAUAAUACAAGGAGGGGAUUACAAUUUUAAUGAUAACAUUUGCAAAAUGUGGUAUGCUGGGACAAAUUUAACAGAAGACACUAAAUUAAAACAGUUAUACAUGAAGACAGUUUGGCCUAAUUCACAUGGUGUUUUCAGUCUUUUCGGGUUGCUGAUUUACCAUAGAUCAGUAAAAACACAUUUCUAUUCUGUUUCAUCUCUUGAAUACAGCAAUAAACCAGAAAUACUUUAGUCAGGUUUGUGGUUUGUUGUAUAGCUAAUUUAGACAUUUAAUUUUUACAUACAUCUAACAUACAACCCAAAAUACCAGGGGGACAAAACUCAGACCCCAAAUUAUAACUAUUCUGACAUAUUUGGGUAAGUAGUGACAUCACAGGAAGCAAUCUGGUCAUUACUCUGACAACAUGAAUAAAACAUUGCUCAAAACCCACAGAGAAGUAUAUAAUACUAAUAAUGAUAAUAAUAAUAAUGCAUAUAAAUGUAUUUAACAAACUUUGUUUAUGCUAGUUUAAAAUGUAUGUAAAAUGAUUAAUUGAUUUAUGAUUUAUAAUUAUUUUAUUGCACUCUUUUUGUUGUCCACAGUUUCCACAUUUAGCAUCUGGUUUCUAAAUAAGUGUGCGAGGCGAAGAUCACAGCCAGGAAUGUGUUCGAGUACAAGCGAAUUACUUGGCUCAUUGUGUAACAUAUAAGCUUAGAUUUUAUAAAAAUAAAAAAUAAUUAUAUUUAAAUUUUUCAACAAAGUGGUGUAGUAUAUUGUGCUGCUUAAUGUUACGCUUAAUGACUUAUUCUUUGAAUAAUACGCAUAUAAAGUAAAUAUAAACUUGCUGAGAAAUUCUUGUGUUUUGUAGUAUAUUAAUCAGGUGAUGUUAAAAAAUGUCUGUCUUAUGGAUAUAAAUACCGUAAUUGCACCCUCCCGUAAUUAAAUAUUACAUUAUGUAAGCAUCAUUAUAGCAAUAUUGUAAUGGUACUGUAUUCAUAAGAGCACAUCUUCAAUAGAGUACCAGUUGCACUUGCAACGUCAUUAGCAGUUGGAGCACGGGAUACAGUAUCUACAAUCCCUUCAUUUUUAAUUCUGAACAAAGCCAAGACGUAUAGUUAUGUGCAUUUAACCCUUUAUAAGGCUUCUACACAUACAAUAAACUUUGCUGGUAUCAGACAAAGUGUAAACAUCUCUAAUGAGACAU